GCACUGUGUCUGCACCGGUGGGCGGGAAUUCUCUGUCCUAGUCUCCGCCAUCUUGUUUCGGUUCCACCGACCCCCUCCCCCUCGAAUCCCGGAGCGUGCAGGGUAGCGUACCGCCCUCACCCCCCGCGAUACCCAGCGCGCCCGCCCUCCCUCCCUCCCGCGCCUGGCAGCCGCCGGUAGAGCCGAGCAGAGACUAUCCCGCCGGAGAGAGCAGCGAUCACCGUGCCGGUAAGUCUCAUGUCUCCGUAUAGGGGGAGGGUGGGGGAGUCACCGGGGCCGACAAACCGUUGUACCGCUCGCAGGAGCCGGUCACAGGCCGCUCUCCCCGCCUCGGGCCUCGCUCAUUGGUGGAGGCCGCGGUGUGGCCGGUGUGAUUGGUCGGUGAGGCCGGAAACUGAGCUGGAUAGGAGGGGGAGAGCUGAGGGACCGGGCGGGAAAAUGGCGGCCUGCUGGCGGUACCCAGGGGCAGGACUAAGCUCUGUUAGUGAGGUGAAUGGCUUGUUCAACACAGCUCUGUGUGAUGUGACAGCCAGCCAGCCAGUGUCUUACAGAGUACCACAUCACACAGCUCUAUGGCACUUCAUAUACAGAGGGCAUGGUUUACUCGGGAUCUAUCCCUGGAAAGUGAAUCUCACAAUUUACACUAAAACAGACUAGCUGUGCUAAAUCUAGGUUGGACAUUUUUUCCUCCCAAAUCGGCUAAUUUUGCCUAAAUGUUAUAGUUUAGUAAGUAUACCAACGAAAAUUAUUGGAGUGAAUGGGACUGUGUAUGGUCCAUGAGUCGACCCAUCAGUGUACAGUCUUGAUCUUAUGUAAACUGACAGUAAGCUGCAUUAUGGCUCUGACUACAUUCUUGCACAGUUCCAUUUGUCUUGUAUCAGGGUUCUGGAAUUCUUGUCGUCAGACACCUAGGACGUGGAGUUCCAGGCACGGUGCAGGCAGCGGUUUUUGUUUGCUCUUGUGGGGACAAUGGGGUUGAUAUCCCAGAUUGAAUGUGCCUGUGGUGUUCUUGGGGCAAAUUCAUUUAUGAGGGGGGGGGGUUCUCGAGCUCCAGAAAUUGCACCGUGGGCUACAGAAACAAACUUUAACUUGCCCCGAACAUGUCACUGUUUGAGAGUAUGGCAUGCCAUGUACUGUAGAAAGUGUUUAUUGUAGAUUUUUUUUUUUUUUUUUAAUUGUGCUGAAAGCACUCUGUGCAUUGUGUGAUAUGUGUUGUUUGUACACACAGAACCAUGUGUAUAUAGAACCACUAUGGGCUAAAGUGGAGUAACCAACAAGAAUAUUCCCUUAGUUUUCUCUAUAAUUGACCUACCAAUUUUCCUUAAAGAAACGUUAACGUGUUAGGAUUAUAAACCUGUGUUCCUAACACUUUAGUGUACCUAGUUAUUUAGGUGUUGUCAUCCCCCACCCAAUUAAAAUUAAUGUAAAAAAAAGUUUUUCUUCCAUUGCUGCGUCUCCUCAUAGAGCAUUGGCGCAUCUAAGAUUUCCCAGGUAAAGCAUUGAAUCAAUACUUUCCUAUGGGGGGUGCAAGGUCAGUUUUACAUGAUUGUUGCAGCAUAAGCGCCUCAGGUGGAAGACAGCUACUGAAGUUAAACCCUUCAAGUUGAACAUUGCCGUGUUUGCAAGUGGCCUGGGUAACUUUAGUGGUUCUAAUGUGAACCUGUCACCACUCUCCAGCUGCAAUCUCAUUACAGAGGUGGGUGUUACAUGUCUGUAACACUUACCUCUCAUCUGGCAAGUCCUUUCUCUGAUUUGCCCUGUUUGGGGACACUUUCUGAAGCAGGACAAACCUAUCAUGCAGACACAUUGACUUAGUUUUCCAGCAUUUGAAUGGAGUGACAAGUCACUCUGUUACUAUACUCUCUUGCCAACGCUAGCAGUGCCAGCUAGCGUUACCAUUACAACCACGGCCCAGUGCAGGGUACAAAGCAUGGAAAGAGUGGUGUACAUUUAAAAAAACAAAACAAAAAAAAACUCCCUUUUAUGAGUGAUGUCAGCAGAGAAACUAUAACCUUCUGUUGUGAUUAUAGUGUCAGAAGUGCUCUGGCACCGUGGUAAAAUCAUUAUGUGGGUCAUGCUAGAACCUCUUCCUUUGCAUCUGGUCUUCUCCAGCAGGGAAUCCUGGAUGGCUCUAGAGCAGUGGUUCUCAAAUCAGUUCCCAAAUCCAGGAUUUAUUUAUUUCUGAUUUUAUCCACUGGAGAUACUGACAAAACCUGGACUGUCAGUGGGUCUUGUGGACUGGUUUGGGAAAUACUGCUCUAGAGAGUAAUGCAGAACAGGCUGAGGGGUUCUGCAUUGUAAUUUGCUGUGCAGAGCCUUCUGGCUUCUCAUUCAGGAGAAGACUAGAUGUGGACUUUACACUCUGUGACAUCCAGAUAAGUUCUCAAAUUGUGCUCAAUUGAGUACUAAGUAAUUUCACAGCUAUUCUGCGUAGUUCUUUAUCAGUUUUCUGCUAAUUACUGUAAGCAGCAAUAAAAAAAAACACAACAGUGGAGAUGUUGAAUUUUUAUUUUAAAAACUGUACAUAUUGAAGUUAUUUUUAAUUUUGUUUAACUGUGCUUAUUGUGUCCAGCACAUAGGCUUCUCAUGUAGACAACUUUUUAUUCUCUGCAGGUAUUAAAGGGGAGAUUGCAGACAGCUGAUCUGUUGCUUUUACAAGCUGUUUGGUUUUUCAUAUACCACCAAGGAAAAUCUGCAGAAAUAAAUGCAGGCAUGUUUUCUUUGGGGUUAUAUCUACUAAAUUGUUUAAAUAAACAAUUUUCAAUGGAGUGUUCCUAUACAACUAAUGGUAAAUGUUAAGAUUGAUCACACAUUUCCUGAUUACUUUGAGAUUCCAGGCUAAUUUAGUCUGUAGUCAGCUUACUACUGGUUAAAUCAACAAUUCUCACAGCGUAUAUUGACUUCUGUGGCAUCAAAUUAAUAGCAGUAUUACCUGAGAGGAAGUGGUUACAGCAGGGGAAUAUGUUAGCUUCUGGCUCAUGCUGGGGAGCUGCAGGGAAGUCUUAGUGAACUGUCAUAACAAAUUAAUGUCUUAUUAUACCAAGCCUUGAGCAUCUAUGCUCUCAUUUGAUCAAAAGUAACAAGACAACAUCUAUAGUAUCCAGCCUGUGCCUUUAUAUCCAGAAACACUAAAUACAUGUCUGUAGGUAAUGGUUGGACUGAGUGUUGGUCUAUUCCUCAUGCUCUCUUUUAAUUCAAGUGGUCAUGGAGCCUGCCGUCUGUAACUCCAACUCCGGCAGAGUCACUGUGGUGUCCUAGCAGGAUCAGAUAGGAGGGCAAACAGUUGCAAAACAGACUGACCCUUUAAUGGAAAACAGGACCAGAGUACACCUGGCAUCAUAACCGGUACAGCUUGUUGAUGCUUGGAGUAACCUUUUAAUCCCUUUAAUUUUUUUUUUCGACAUUUGCCGCUCAUGCUCCAAACAAUCUGUUUUCCUGGCACUGCAGGUCCCCUCUCCCUCCCACCCCCUAUCCUAAGUUGCUGAAGGGGUUAAAACCAUUUCAGUGACUUACCUUUAUCCAGCGCCAAUGUCCCUCGGUGCUGGUUCAGGGUCCGCCCACGCUCCUCCCCCACCGUCAUCCAGCGGGGAGACCUAUUGCGCAACGGGGAGACCUAAUGCGCAUGCGCGGCAAUGCUGCACACACGUAUUAGACCUCCCCAUAGGAAAGUUGAAAGAUGCUUUCCUAUGGGGAUUUCAGCGACGCUGGAGGUCCUCACAAAAUCUGUGCUAUAAACAAGGAAGUGCCCUCUAGUGGCUGUCUAGUAGAGCAGGAGUUAAGCCUGCAAUGUAAAUAUUGCAGUUUAUGAAAACUGCAAUAUUUACAAUUGCAGGGUUAAGGGUAGUGGGAGUUGGCACCCAGACCACUCCAAUGGGCAGAAGUGGUCUGGGUGCCUGGAGUAUCCCUUUUAAGCAUUGAAAGUUGCUGAGAUACCCUAAAAAUUAGGAACUUCUCAAGCACUAUUGCUUGAUGACAGUGGACCCCACCAUAAGUUGGCAUCGAUAUUGGAGGCGGAUUCCUUUCUGCAUGCUCUUGGCCUAACUGUUUCUGUUAAUAAGGAGACUAGUUUUGCCCACACAUGGGAUUUUGAUAAUAUUGACGUCUUUAUUCCCACUGUCUUCACAGCUCCAGGUGGAGGACAUUCUCCAGUAUCUUCAUAGCAGGACUGCUUUCUCUAACGGGAUCUCCUAAGUUUAGUUUUGUUUUUGUUUAUUGCUGAUUUCUUUUUUCAUAUCUCUUCCUUUUGACGCCUUUGCAUUGUUGACUUCUCACACUAGCACCCCACUAAUUAUGAAUAACUAAGAGGCUGAUUUAUUUCAGUUGGAUAUCUGUUUGGGUGUAAUAAUUUUUCAGAAUCGAGCCCGACUAACAUUUUUGUUUAUACUUAGAAAUGGAUAGAUUGACUUAGAGUUAAAAGAUUGUGCUAUGUUGGCUCUGCUUUUCCACUUGUAGGUAACUCACCUGCAUAAUAAAUGUAAAUAAAUUAGGAAGACUGUAGUCAGCCAGACCACUUCAUCUCAAUGAAGUGAUUUGGGUGAAAUGGUCCUAUCAGCCACCAGAGGAAUUUCCUCCUCCAGACGACUUGGUAUGGGAAUCAAAUGCUGCUGAUAGCAGCAAUUAAUUGGAGGAGAGUGGAAUUUGAUAGUGCAUUCAUACCACCAAUCCAUUGCUCUAUGAGCAGCAAUAGAUUGGAGGAGAUUGAGGAGUCAGUAAGCAUGCUGCCAUCUUCAAAGGCAGCUGCAGUGGAGGAGUCCCGACAUUGGAAGCAAGGUGAGUAAUCUUUAUUUUACCUACUUUUUUUUUUUUUUUAAACCAAAGGUGUGCAUAUGAGGGAACAUAUAGUCCUGACUAUAUGUUCUCUUUACGCUAAAGUUAUUUUGGUGCUUAGGAAGUUCCUUUUAACCAAUGUUAAUCUGAUAAUUGUUUCAAACAAGACAAAAUAAUUUGCCAUGAAGGGGAGUUAGGCAAGAUUCUUUUUUUUGCGUAAGGGGGCUCCAACAUGUAAUCCAAAUAGCAAUCAACAUAUUUCCACUACUUUUAUCUAAAUGCCUCGCAGGGGUAUACAACGCCCCUAUAUGCAAUGAGGUAGAAUCCCACUUUUACAUAUUAUAUUGCACAUGGACAAGCUGCUCAGAAAGACACAGGCACAUCUAUGCCAAAGUUGCCUUUACUGUUUUUUGUGUUGCAUGUAAGGUCUCACUGGAUCCUCUUUAGACCUCUGUGGCAUAUUCUCAUAUAUGUACCAGUGUACAGCAGUGAUGCUGGCUUCUGGUGGAUGAAGCUUCUGCAGCUGAAGGGAAAAAAAAGUCUGCAUCAUUGCAAGAGAGCAUCACGUAAGUAUACCUCAUCUCUGCUUAGCCUUUGGAUUGUCUCCCUCUGUGGUCUUCGCAAAAAAAAGACAGUGAUAUGCUUUAAAAGUUUGUGAUUGAAGUUACUAGACACGAGUAAUUGGUUAGGCACUUCCUUUGCAUUUUGUGUUUCUAGUUUGCUGUCCGUGAAAUGUCUUAAUAUGAUUCCUAGUCUGUGAUUAAACCCUUUCAUAUCUUAUCAUAAGGAAUGUUGGCUUUUGGUAGAUUUCCUGGAAAUUGAAAGUACCUUUCAACUGAAGUACAUCUGAAGAAGGCAGACUGGUUUCUAAAUGUCUCUAUAGUUUUAUGAUCCAAACAAUUAUUUUAAUCCCCCAACUAAAACAAGAGUUAGUUUUUCAGCAAACUCUUUCAUGUCUGGCCAGUUUGCAAAGAAGAAUGUAAGUACAGCAUGCUUAAAGAAUUCAUAUUUUAAAUACUCCUCAUAGUCCCCCAGUUUCUGAGAGAAUACUUGCUACUCCUCCUUUCAAAGUAUACAGGCCAUCUAAAAUUGUCAAAACAGGUGAUACUUGUUUGGUGACUGGUUCAUCAACGUUGUAUUUUCUUUAGGAAUUCUAGUCUAUUCUACUCUUGAUCUCAUUGAGUCAAGGUAAACUGCUUGUUGAAAAAAAAAAAAUGAUUGGCAUAUUUGAACGUGUUUAAUCGUUGCAUCGGCUGAAAAAGACUCUGUGAAACUUUAGAAAAUGCCUCUUGUGGCUGUAUGCAGUCUUAAAACUGCAUUGUUUUAUAUUACAGGCUAAAGGGGACUUGGGCAAUGCACCCAGACCACUUCAAUGAGAAGUGGUCAGGGUGUCCACAGUGUCCGCUUAAAUAUUCCUGAAUAUUAUGUUUUUUCAAGAAUUCCCGUUGAUGUUUAAAAUUCCGAGACUCUGAUAAAACCAACUCUUCUGGCAGAGAAUACCAUAUAUUGUUGCUUUAAAGUUGGGGCAGGGAACCUUAUUUUUUUUCCCAUGUGGAUAUUUAUGACGUCAUUCGCAGGCCAUACAAAGCUAUAAACUCAAAAAUUUGCCUGCUAUAUUUGGUCAAACAUUAAAUUAACUCACUCUUAAUGUGAUGGCUGGAACUGAUUCUCUUUGUGAGGCGUGUGAUGUUAGCUGGUAUUGGUGUUGCUACUUGCUACUGCUUUUCCAGGCUUUCGUCAUCACAGCAGUCUACAGACAAGCUCACUGACGCAUGCUCACUACAUUCUCCAUCCCUGCUUUAAUGAACAUCUUUUCUUCCAAUCUAAACAAGGAGCCUUGAUUUGUAUGUACCUAGCUAAAAUAUUACUGACGCAUGCUCACUGCAGACAAGCCCACUGACGCAUGCUCACUGCAGACAAGCCCACUGACGCAUGCUCACUGCAGACAAGCCCACUGACGCAUGCUCACUGCAGACAAGCCCACUGACGCAUGCUUAGUCACAUACGCACACAGAAGCUCACUCUCAGUCAUGUGUUGCUGAGUAAGCCUACUUGACAUUGAAUGUUCUGAAAAUACUGGGAGCUAAAGUUCUCACUUUCCAACCUUUUCCUAUUGACAAGGUCAGCAGCUUGAGUGCAGGGUAGAUCAGGAGAGGCACAGAAAGCUGCCUCCCCACAGUGCCCCUAUCACCAGCACCUCCCUCCUUAAUACCCUCUCAGGGCUAUAAAAUUUCAAGUCUCGUUUGAGGUUGUCUUGACGGGCCAGACCAAAUGAUUUUGCUGGCCUUAUACGGCUCGCGGCCGGACAUUCCCCAUCCCUGCUUUAAUUAAUAUCUUUUCUUCCAAUCUAAACAGGGAGCCUUGUGUUGUAGCCAAACUAUUCCUGAUGCAAUAAGAAACCAAUGAAUAUAUAACUAGGGCUUAAUAUUUGUAGUCCUGUGCUACUAGUCAGGCCUUAAAAGUUACUCGCCACUACACGCCAUAAUAUACUUGCCAGGGGUGAAUUUCACUCUUCAAUGGCUAGUGGAGAGUAGAAGUUUUGAGCCCUGAUAAAACCAUAGCUAGUUAUCCACAUAAUAAAGUGCUACUUGUGUAUGUUAAGAAUGUCUCCACGUGCAUAUACAGAAACAAAAAUGAUUUAACUUGUAAAUGACAGAGAAUUAAGCAGUGAGACAGCAGGUGCAUGAUCUAUGCACUGCAAUUGCUUAAUUACGCUAAAGUUGUUUUUGUGCUUAAUGUAUACAUUUUAAGAUAGGAUAGGCUGUAUUUUUUUUCUUCAGUGGGGAAAAAAAUACAGCCUAUUUUAUCUUAACUAACCUUUUUUUAAAUUAAAUUGAGGAACUUUGGCAAUGUAUGGUUUGUUUGAGUCUGUUAUCUUGGCAAUUAAAACAGGCUCCAUUAUCUAGUUGUGCAUAAUAGAACUCAACUAAAUUGCAUGAAAACUAAGCAGCCAUCUCCAAAACAAAAUUGAGUUUAAAAAUAUAAAACCAGCUCAUGGCCCGGUGAUGCCAAGUUGACCUUUGUCAGAAUUCCAAAUCAAAUUCUUCAUCUUGUCAUAUUGUUUUGGGCUACUGCUAUGUUCACUUUGGGUGUUCCUGUGUGAUUACGGUUUCAUAUCCAGUAAAUAUAUGAACCUUUCCAUUUUGUUUCUCUAAUCUCCUAUAUUCGGAUGACUUUGUUUAAAAGGUCAUUGUAGAUUUUUUGACGAUUAUACAUACCAGAGUCUGAGAAUAUUCUUCUAUUUGGGUAGUGGAGUGUCAGUUUAAGAUGAUGUGCAAGUGUUGGUAGCAUUACAAACUUUAAAAGGCAAGUGUUUGUUUUUGUUCAGUGAUACAGACAGGUACUCACUUGCACACACUCAUACUUACACAUGCAUACAUACAUAGCUCUCGUUUCCAUCAACACAUUAUCUAUCCUUUUAUUCACAUGGCCAGUACCAUUUUUUUUUUUUUUUUUUAAAUACCAGCAUAAUGAUGAGGUAUUCAGGUGUUUAUUAUACCCACAACAUGCCCAUAUUGUAUAAAAGGUAAAAUUGAAGGUGCUACCUCCCAUAUCCAAUUUGAUUAUUCAAGCCCUGCAGUAAUUGAUUAAAUACGUUCUCCACCAUGAUUCCAUGACCCUGUUUAGAGCAUUGCAUGGAAAAAUAAAUGCAGAUAAAGAAUGUUUAGUUAUUAGGCCACCCACUGUAAUGUACAUGAACAAUAUUAAAGGGACACUAUAGUCACCCAGACCACUUCAGCUCAAUGAAGUGGUCUGGGUGCCAGGUCCCUCAUGUUUCAGAGAAACUGCUAUGUUUACAUUUGGGGAUAAUCCAGCCUCUAGUGGCUGUCUUCCGGACAGCCACUAGAGGCGCAUCUUCGACGCUGGAGGCAUAUUUCGCCUCCAUCGCGCGGAGCGUUUAAGGAAAGCAUUGAGAAAUUUUCCUAUGGACACUUUGAAUGCGCACGCGGCACUUGCCACACAUGCGCAUUCGGCUCUGCUGACGUCGGCAGGGGAGGAGAGGUCACCAACGCUGAGGGAGCCCGGUGCUGGAUUAAGGUAAGCUGCUGAAAGGGUGUUAACCCCUUCAGCGCCACGGAAGGGGAACCCUGAGGGUGGGGGCACCCUCAGUGCACUAUAGUGAUCCUUUAAUUUACUAAAUAUCUGCUCAAUUUGCUACAGGUGAGUUAAAGGAAUACUACAAGCAAGGUGACCACUAUUUGCUAUUGGCCUGACUUCUUACCUGGGAUUCACCGGCUGCCACUCCCUGCCUCUCUGCAGCCAGGACCUCUCUUUACUGAGCUAAGCCUAGAGGUGCCGGAUAGCUCAGGAUUAUAGUGGUUUGGUGCGUGGAGUGUUUCUCUAAAUAACUAAAGUUUUUUUUUUUGUUUUUUUUUUUUUUUUUGAUUUUUUUAAGGGUUAUAUGAACCAUUUGUACAAAAUAAUUUUGUAUUGUUUACAAAGCCAUACUGGGCAGUAUUCACUAGGUUCUUCCCCCUUGGAAGCUUGUAAAUAAAGUACAAACAUACAUCAACUCCAGUACCAAGUGAAAAGCCCAGUGCUGGUUUCCACACCCCUAUUGACAUCACUGCUGCUUACACAUUGUCCAGUCAAAUGCUUCUUAUUCAGAAGCUUUUGAUUGGAUUGUUUCACUGUCUCGGCAUGUGUGUGAUCUGUGCCAGGGAGGAAGGGCUUUAAUUAUUUUAAAAGGCCAAGUCAUGUGCAACUAGCCCCCAGCACAAAAGUGCAAAUAUCUCUUUAUUAGAGAUUAUCGGGUAGGCCAAUAAAAUCGGCCGAUAUUUGUCAAUAAUCGGUAUCGGUUUAAGUGAUACCGAUAUUUCCAAUACCAAAGGCAUACUAGUGGGGGGCUGUCCGCAUUGGCCUCACUCACAUGGUAGAGGGGGCGAAUGGGACUCAGUACAUGCAAUCUUCUGUUUCCAGCAAUUCCUCUCUCCAAGUAAGGGAGACUUGGAGAGAGGAGCUGCAAGAAACAGAAGAUUGCAUGUGCUGAGUCUCAGCCCAUACCUAUUCAAUAUGCAAGCUCUUGGUAGCCUGCACAAAGCCACUGGACCACCAGAGAGUGUAAUGGUCCCCUUCUUGGCCACAAUUAAAAAGCAGGGUGGGGGGAAUAAAAUUUAAAGUUAUUUUAAUAAUAAUAAGAAAAGGGCUUUUGGCCCACAGAAUAGACUAGCCACAGAAUCCUACCCCACAUAUUUACACACAGACUGCAUCCAUUGUGUGUGCGCGCACACACAAGUAUUCUUGAAAGCAUUACAAAUCUGACUGGCAGGUAUAUUUUGUGGAUUUAAUACUCAAAAUAAUGAUUUACAAAAAACACUUAAAAUAAUAAACAUGUUCAGUUAAUGGCAGGUUUGUCUAGAAAUUUUCUCUUUUCAAAACUGUAAAUGAACAGAAUAUUGGUACCAGUUAUAGUCAAUUGGCCCGAAAGGCGACCAAAUAUCGGUUUAUCCCUAAGCAGAAACGCUGUAUAUACCGAAUCCAACCACCAUGACCACUUCUAAAAGCAGCAGAGGUCAUGGUUGUUAGAGUAACCCUUUAACUUGUGUACAAGAAAUAAAUCUAGAUAUUUCAUACAUAAUGCUAUCUACUGCUUUGAUCUUCCUUCACAGCCCCUCUUCUCUCUUGCAUGUCAUGAGUUGUGGCACAGUACACUCUUGUGCAAAUGUGAGAGCUCAUAAUGUGUUUUUUUGGAAUAGCCUGGCAGAUCCCAACAUAUCUUCUUGAGCAUGUGCCGGCAGAUGCCACAGGCAUCUGAUGUGCAUUGUUCAAAAAGAUGCCUUGUGCCAUCAGCUGUUGCUUAUAACAGCUGCUUGGAAAAGUUAAGUCUAUGAGAGGUAGUGGACAAUUAAGCAAUAUUACAGUUUUGGCAUAUCUAAAGGCAAAUGGAAGACAAGUUGGUGAUUGCAAUAGAGGUUAUUUGAAACUCCAUAUAUAGGCAGUAUAAAAGAGCUGCUGAUCCUCCCCUUUAAUGCAUCUCCGGUACUCAUUGAUGCUGCAUGGAGCUCCCACAGCUGGUUGCCCAUGUGAAUGAUUCACUCUGAAUUAGUCUGACUCCAAAUUGUACACAGUAAUGACAAUUACUUGCAAAUAUCUAUAGUUAGUAUAUUACUGCAUACUGUUAACUGACUAAACAAUUAGCACUCUACAUCCGUAACCAUGGAAGGAAGGCAGAAGGUAAAACUGAAAUUACCCACUUAUUUGGGAAUCCUUUCUCUUGGGGCUUUCUGCAGCGCAAUGUGAAAUAAGGAUCUGGACUUAUGCACCUGUAAAAGGGAGCAGUGCAAAGCCAGGGUAGCUACAGGCAGACAGCUGCACAACAUAGGAGUUUCCAAGUAAGUGGAUUAAUUUCUAAAAGCAAGUAUUGGGUUGCUCGGUUAAAAAUGGAGUACAUUGGCAUUGUGGAAUGCUAAUGCUAUGUAUGAUCAUAUACUGUAACUUAAUCCCAAUUAUUUUUGCCUGUUAUGUUUCUUUGGUUUUUUUUGGUGGUUUUUUUUUUUAAAGUUGGUGUGUAGUGAGAGUGCACUGGAUCAUGUAUGUUGUAUUAAUUAAAUUAGCACCCUAACAGCACCCUUAUAAUAUAUGCAAGGUCUGAUGAAUGCAGCCCUCAUCGUUUCAUAUGGGUGUGUGUAUAUAUAGUCAUGGGAAAAAGAAAGUACACUCUUUGAGUCCUAUGGUUUUACAUAUCAGGACAUAACCAUGAUCUAUUCCUUAGCAGGUGUUAAAAUUGGGUACAUACAACCUCAGUUAUUACUUUGUCAUGAUAUAUUUAACAGAAAUAAAGCCUAAAUGGAGAUACUAAGUUACAGAUAGGUGCUGCUAAUCAAAUGCCCUUAUUAUCAGCAAGUGUAACCACCUCUAUAAUUUUUGCUGACUAUUAAACUGGGAAGGGUUAUAAGGCAAUUUCCAAAAUAUUUAAAGUCUAUCAUUAUACAGUGAGAAAGAUUAUUCAAAAGUGGAAAGUAGUGAUCGACUGAUGUUUUUUUUUUUUUAAAGCCGAUACCAAUAAUCUGUGAACUUUCAGGCCAAUAGCCGAUAACUACCGAUAUUACUGUUAACCGAACGUGUUUAUUUGCAUUUUUUUUUUCUUAUUAAGGUAAAUGUACAAAAUAUACAUGCCAGACAGAAUUUUUUUAUCCUCAUCAAUAUGUGUGUUGUGUUUGUGUGUGUGUGUGUGUGUGUGUGUGUGUAUAUAUAUAUAUAUAUAUAUAUAUAUAUAUAUAUAUAUAUAUAUAUAUAUAUAUAUAUAUAUGAUGCAGUGUGUGUGUGUGUAUAGUUAAUUUGCAUUCCCUGGUGGUCCGGUGGCAUGGACUGUACAGUGGGCACCCGCAGCAAGCUCUUCCCAGCAGCUCCCCUGUCUUAAUCUUGCGACCAGCGUGCCGCGCAGAGCGUUGCUAUGGUAACCGGUGGAAACGCUCUUGACGGCCGCUGGAUUUAGACAGGGUAGCUGCUUUGAAGGUAAGAGCUUGCUGCAGGCCCCAAGAACCGCCGGGCUUGUUAUGGGGCCGGCAGUCCUGGUCUCCAUUAUCGGCAUACCUGUAGACCGAUACCGAUAUUGCCGAGAAUACAGAAUGUCGGCCACACCGAUAAUCGGUCGAUCCCUAGUGGAAAGACUGUGUAAUGCUCAAAGAAAUUGGGAAAAAAAAAAAAGUUACAUCUCAGACUCAACAGGCCUCACUCAGCAUGUUGAAUGUUAAAGCUCAUGACUGUACAAUUAGAAAAAGGCUUAACAAAUAUAGGUUUGUUUGGAAGGGUUGCCAGGAGAAAGCCUCUUCUCUCGAAAAAGAACGUGGCAGGACGGUUUAUGCUUGUAAAGUUGCAUCUGAACAAACCACAAGACUUAUGAAAAAAUUACCUUUGGAAAGACCAUACCAAUAUAUAAUAUAAAUUGGGUCAUGCAACAGGACAACGAUCCCAAGCACACCAACAAAUCUACAACAGAAUGGCUAAAAUAGAAAAGAAUCAAGGUGUUGGAAUGGCUCAGUCAAAGUCCAGACCUCAACCCAAUUGAAAUGCUAUGGCAAGACCUUAAGAGAGCUUUGCAUAAACAAAUGCCAACAAAACUCUGUGAACUUUUUUUCUAUGGCUCUGCUUCUUCUCCCCAAGUCCUCUCUGUUGGUGUCCCCCAAGGUUCAGUCCUUGGUCCCCUACUGUUCUCCAUCUAUACUGCCUUCCUUGGUAAACUUAUUACCUCCUUUGGCUUCCAAUAUAAUUUCUAUGCAGAUGACAUGCAAAUCUACCUGAUCUCUCCCCAUCCCUCUUGAUUAGUGUCUCUGACUUCCUCUCUGCUGUUUCUAACUGGAUGGCUGCCCACUUCCUUAAACUAAACUUGACCAAAACUGAAAUUCUGGUCUUUCCUCCCUCAAGUGUUGUUACUCCUGUGUCUGUCUCCCUCCAAGUCAACGGUGCUACCAUCAGCUCCACCACGCAGGCUCGCUGCCUAGUUGUUCUCUUUGACUCCGACCUCUCCUUCAAGCCUCAUGUUCAAUCUAUCGCCAAAUCCUGUCAUUUCCAUAUCAAAAACAUUGUGCACAUCCGCCCCUACUUAACACCAGAUGCGACUGUGUUGGUCCAUUCCACUGUCCUUUCUCGCCUUGACUACUGUAAUCCGCUUCUCAGUGGUCUUACGUGCUCCCGACUAGCGCCGUUACAGUCCAUAAUGAAUGCGGCGGUGAGGCUCAUCUUCCUGUCCGCCCGCACCUCCCAUGCCUCACCCUUCUGUCAGUCCCUACAUUGGCUUCCUAUAAAAUAUAGAGCUCAAUUUAAAAUCCUGGUUCUUGCUUUCAAAUCUCUACAUAAUGCUGCUCCCACCUAUCUAUCUCCUCCCUUAUACACAAGUAUGUCCCCUCUAGGCCCUUACGAUCUGCUGAAGACUUACGUCUAUCUUCUGUCUGUACUCCCACCUCUGAUGCUCACCUUCAAGAAUUCUCAAGGUCUGCACCAUUCCUGUGGAACUCGCUUCCCUCCUCCGUAAGAUGCUCACCCAGUCUCCACUCCUUCAAAAAUGGUUAAAAACCCACUUCUUCAUAAAAGCAUAUCAAUUAAACUGUUAAUAGCUCCUGACUGAUUCCUCUUCUGCAACUGUCACUAGUCUAAUACUAUCCUUACCUUUUGUGUAAUUUUACCCCACUCCCUCUAGCAUGUAAGCAGGGCCCUCAACCCCUCUGUUCCUGUGUGUCCAACUUGUCUGGUUACAACUACGUGUCUGUUAGUCCACCCGUUGUAAAGCGCUGCGGAAUUUAACGGCGCUCUAUAAAUAUCAUAAUAAUAAUAAUAAUAACUGAAGCAACGUUGUAAAGAGGAGUGGGCCAAAAUUCUUCUACAACAGUGUGAGAGACUGAUAGUCAUACAAAAAACAAUUAUGUCAAGAUAUUGCUGCUAUAGGUGAUUCUAUAAGCUAUUGAAUCAUAGGGUUUUCUUAGUUUUUGGCUUCUCCAUUUUGACUUUAUUUUUGUUCAGUUAUGACACUGUGUAGGGAAGAUAUGUAAAACUAUAGAAUUCAAUGAUAUAUAUGUAUAUCAUUAUUUUUGUUUUGUAUGGAGCUUUGUAAGUUCAGUUUGUCAUAUUCUGGUGCUUUUGUUGUUUCCUUUUGAAGAUUCAAUACCCUCUUUGGGAAUCCUUAUGUUUGUUUAAUCCUAAUGGCGUAUUUGUCAUUUUGCAGAGGCUUGCUUAGGGGCUGGCCUUCUCCGUAAGUUUUAUCUUGAAUUUUAAAACCCUUCAUAAAUAUUAAAAUACUCACUUUUGAGCUUUGUGAAAUGUUAUCUCAAUCAGAGCUGAAAUUAAUUUUCUCCUUCAACAUUGUUGGAGUAUUACUGCAGUAAUCAUUUCCUUUUGACCUUGGAUUUAGAGUGACCUUUCUGUACAUACCUGUUUUCUAAUGAAUUGCUUUUAGGUGCUGAUUCAGGUGCAAAAGUUCUGGAUUGUGCUGGUUUCAGGUUUUUAAAUUGUUAACCCAUUGCCAUUAGAUUGUUGAAAACUGUCAGAAUGAGCUUAUUCACUAAAAUGUGAAUUGUUGAAAAUUCACUGGGGCGUUAGUUGCAAGUUUUAUAUCAAAUUGCAAAAAGUCUUUGUUGCCUAUAAAUCCAUCUCAAUUGCAAUUCCCUGGUUGAUUGCUGACAAUUGUGAAUAACGCAUAAUUAACUUUUUACAACUUUUAAUGCAAGAGUGACGUCAUCCCUCCAGUCCAUAACCGUAAUUAAUUUCCUACUUUUAAAUCUAGUCCUGCUUGUAUUAAAAUGUAUAUUUUGAUUAUUUUGUUUAUUAGAUCUGUGUGUAUAGAAUUCUGUAUGUAUAUUUUCAAUCUUCAUUGCAUAUCUGCCAUGUUUUGCAAUCAGAGUAUAUUACUGUAGAUGUUUAGAAUUAUAGGUUGCUAAAUUCUGGACUACUGUAUUUUAUAUUCUAAGUGUUUAACUUUGAUGCUUCACUGCUCUGAUGUUUGCUGCUUCACAAAGCGUUAAUGUAUUUUAUAAAUGUUGUCCCCUUCUUUAAAAUCUUUUGCUCUGACCCCUGUUCAUCUCAAGGUAACUUUAAACAGGAAGUGUUACAGGGGAGGUGAUUGAUGAGAUUGUCCACCUAUGGCAGCCGUACAGUAUCCUCAAAUAACAAGGACUAGCAAAUAGGGAAGCUGUGGAGGAGGGGCUUGGUGUCAUGUAGCAAGCUAGAUUGAAUGCCUUUGACUGUUAAAGUGGAAGGAGGCUGCAGGAUUUUUCAUUGGAGACUUGGGAGUUUUUCUCUUAGACAGGGGUCAGCUGAAAGACAAAGAAAAAUGGCGAGGAGUUUGCAAGUAUAAUGGCUCUUGUUGGCUCAGUAUCUAAAAUGGAUCUUCCACAGCCUUUCCUUCCAUGUGUCCUCUUGCCUUUGUCCUUUCUUCCUCUUUUUUUCCCCCUUCCCUCUCUCUUUCCUGAGGGGGGAGGAGGUUCAGUGAGAGUGGAGCUGAAGGGGAAAAUUAUAAAUGCUUGAGCUUUCUCACAGCAUCGAGGAAAAGUGACUAGUCAAAGCAUAUUUUAGUGGUCAUGGUAAGUGUAUUUUAUUGCAUUUUUGUUUGUUUUGAAGUGGUUUAAGCAGUUUUCCUCCUUUUCAGAAUCUCAAGUUUGUUCUGUCUAAGAAAAUGGCCCCCCGUACAUUCCUAACAUACCUUCUGCUGCACCUCUUGCUCUGUUGAGUUUGUAUUUUUCCAGGCUCAGCCUGCUUUCCGACUUUUGCUUUAUAUGUUUUAGUGGCAAGAACCUGAACAAAGUGCACUAAAUUAUUCCUAGGAAAGGGCUUUGUGCAAGGCAACAAUCUUCAGCAUGAUAUAUAUAUAAAAAAAAGUCAAAACUCUGUAGAUGCACACUUUCUAAAUUUAUAUAUAAAUGUUUCUUUUUUUUUUAAUGUAAUUAUUUUUUAAAGGUGUGUUUUCGUGCACAAUUGUAAGAUUUCCUUAACUGUUUCACUGCCAGAAUAUCAGUGUGAUUUUUGCAUCCUUUGAACAUCUCGCUGUAUGAUUGAUUUGUUUAUUACUGGGGGAUGGGAAUAUCUAGCAGAUGUAACUUGUGGUGCUUUUUGGGUGAACUUAAUUUUUUUUACUUUUAAUUGCUGUGGGCCUCCUUAUUGUUUUUAAAUGUAAAAAUUGUAUUAUUCAGAUAGCCGUUAGUUCUAUUGCAGUCUCUUAGCCACUUAGACUAGUUAUAGAUUUGGUUUCUUUUCAUUAGCAUUGAAAUACAUUAUGUACCAUUUGCUAGAGGUUGUUACCCCUCAGUGAAUAUUAUUUAGGAUUUUGAGAGAAUAUUGAUUUUUUUGCACACGUAAAUUAAUUUUUUCAAUAUUCAUCACUAUUCCAGGUUGCUAAUUGUUAAACCUGAAUAAUGGCUAUAUUUUAAAUAUAUUUUAAUAAGUAACAAUUUAGCACAGGAGUUACUUAUUCCUGCUUGAUCUGCAAAUAAGGUAUGAAGGUCACUGGAAUGUUAGUUGUGCAUCAACACAUACCAAACCUGAUACUAGCAGUGUUCUGAAGGCCACAAUCACAGUGCUCUAGUUGGUGUGAGAAAGUUUUAUACCUAGGGCUUGCCUGAUUGACAAAAAGAACUCAACCCCAUGUCGUGGGUUUAUUUCCACAUUGCAUCUGAGUUUUCUCGCUUCAGUUCAUGUUGCUGAAACGAGGCCUUCUUCAGCCAACAUGACCUUGAAAUGCUACUGCUUUAGAGUUUUGGAGAAUGAAGGACAAAGUUUGUUUGUGUGGAAAAAUCAGUUUAGGAAAGAGUGCAGCUGUAUAAUCCAUAACAUUUUGGGGUUUGUAUAUGUAUGUACCAAGAAUUUGAGUAUAAACAAACAUUCUAAUGUUAUUUUAGCGUGUGUGUGUAUGUAUGUAUGUAUAUAUAUGUGUAUAUAUAUGUAUGUGUGUGUAUAUAUAUUUAUAUAUAUAUAUAUAUAUAUAUAUAUAUUCAAAUUCAAGCAUUCUUUCAAUUAAUAACUCUCUGCACUAAUUUUUGUGCUUUAUUUUUAAUUUUUAUUUCUUUUAUGGCUGUAUGCAUACUUGCAAACAGCUGGAAAUGUAUACUGGGGUGUAAGAUCUAAAAUAAAGCCAUGGACAUCUAUAAACAUACUUACAAACAUUAGUAUGGCAAAAAUGUGUGUGUAUAUUCUAUUAUAUUACACACAGUCUUGUAAAUAUCCACAAGUUUAAGAAAUCAUACAAACCUUUUGAGCAGUUAUUAACAAAUGUUAAGUCACUAGACAAAAGGUGAAGAAGACCCUGCUUAAACAAGCAAUCUACAAUCUUACAUCUAGGAGUUGCUUAUCUUAAAUCAAUAUUCCUUUUGAACUGCCCACCUUAAUGAAUCCUAUUUAAUCUUACAGUAGGGUAUACCAAGCAGACAAUGACGUUGUUGCAGGAAAUCACUGUAUGAGGUCUGCAUCUGUAUCUAGAUAUUCCAAAGAGAGUCUUCUUCAUUAAAGGUACACUAUUAUAUGAGUAAUACCAGCGUGUAUUCCUAACGUUAUAGAUAGUGCUGGGCUACCUAUUUAAAGGAAACUUGCUUACAUUUUUUCCAUCACCACACUGGUCUGUCCUCAUUGGCUGAGAUCAUCAUCAGUAUGACAGCCACAACAUGCACUUGGAUUGGACAUAGGCAGAAGAGGCCAUGCCUCCUCCGUGACUUUGCAGGAUGUGGGGAAGUGAGUAGUGACAAGGGAGGUUAAGAUCUGUAAAAGGUAAGUAAAACUCACUUGAAAGCAGUUUGAGGACCUUUGUAGUACUAGGGACAGGAACACUAUAUCGUUAGGAAUGCAGGAUUGUAUGCCUAACAAAAUAAUGUUACAUUAACAUGAAACAUUAUAAACUGUUCAUUUUUUUGUUUUUCACAAUAUUAAAAUAUGUGGAGUUACCUCCAAGGUGUCAAAUAAAAGUUGAUGCAUGUGCUGCCACGCACUCUCAGGUGCAGCACCCGACACUGUAUAGCCAGCAACAUGUAGAUUGUUUACUUCACUUUCUAUUUUAUUUUAUAUAUAUAUAUAUAUAUAUAAUAUUUCUAAAGUGCUGUCUAACGCCACUUCUAGCAGGUUUCAUUCGAACAGCCACUACAGGGGCUUCCAAGACUGCAGGACUGAAAUUCAGCAUCUCCACUGCAUGAAGACGCUAAACACCAUAGAGAUGCAUUGAGUCAGUGCAUCUCUAUGGAGAGAUGUUGAUUGGCACUGCCUGGUGAUUGACGCACAGGCUCACAAUGCUUCCCUACGGUGAAACAAUGUAUUUGUAUUAAUUUGGUUAAUAAUCUAGUUAUAAUAUAACAUGUUAGAAAUACAUUUUUUUUUUAUUCUCAACGCUAGUGUUCCUUUAAAGGGCUCUGUUUUGCUCUGUCAAAGUCUGUAUAUAUGUUUUUACAUGUAUAGGGACACAUAUAUUGAAACAAUUUACAAUGUAAAACAAUGUCCCCCCCACCUUAUUGCAUAAUAGAGAAAAAUGCCACAAAAGCAAAAAAGAAAACCCUUAGCCAUGGACAUUAAUCUGAAAGUCAGUCGUUUGCAAAUCAAAAGGUAAUGUUGGAGGAGUUACUAUAUGAUAUAGAGUGCACACUAUAACAUUCACUGAUAUUAAAUAUAAAUAUUUAAUAAGUAUGCAAAUAAAAAAAAUAAAAAAUUAUGUUGUACAAAUAGGAACAGAGUAACCGUAAAAGGCAAAUUGCACACAAAAUAAUAUAUUCAAACCUUACAAGCCUUAAGGCAGAGAGACACAAGUCACCAACUUGGUGAAUUGUGUCUCUGCCUUAAGGCUUGUAAGGUUUGAAUAUAUUAUUUUGUGUGCAGUUUGCCUUGUAAUGUUACUCUGUUCCUAUUUGUACAACAUGACUUUUUUUAUUUGCAUACUUAUUAAUGAUUUAUACUUAAUAUCAGUGAGUGUUAUAGUGUGCAUUUUGUAUCAUAUAGUGAUUAUUGUGUUUUAAGCACUUGAGGGAGUGCUUCUAUGGUUUGCACCUAGCUAAUAGUGAUUGUUUAAAAGUAAUUUUGUCUCACUAUGUGGUUUUUUCUUAUAGAAUGUUGGAGGAGUUAACCAUAAAAUUACUCAUAACCCUUGCGUCAUAAAUAUUUCUCAUUCAUAUUUUUUUCAUAGUUAAGGAUUCAGUGAAUAUAGUGCUAUAUGGAUCUGUACAGCAGUAUUUGUCCUUGCAGUGACUGGAUUGUCACCGUAAGUGCUGACCGCUGAAAUAUGCUUGUCCAAAUAUUUUCCGUAGGAAAGGUUUGAAAAAGUAGCACACUUUUGACAUCCUGAACACUGCGUGCUUACUGUUACUUUCAUAAAUUAUGAGCAUGAACUGCCAUGCAUAGUAGAAUCCGUCCCUCAUACAAAGAAACACACAGCACACCCUAUAUGCCAACUGCUUGAAGUGCUGCACAUACUGAGAUUUUAUCACUUUUGUGCCAGGUGCUAUGUUUCAUCUCAGGCACACAUGACUUAGGCUGCCCAGAACCUAAUGUCAGUUCUGUGCAAGAAAAUAGUACGGUGUUCAGUGCGCACAGCGGGAUGAUGACAGACGUACAAAGCUUUCUACCAUUGAAGACAGCAUGGGAAAGCUUUAACCUCCCCUCCUCCUUCUUUUGUCUGUCUUCACAAGUCAGUAAUGCACAAUGUUAACUAAAAUAAAAAAAGAGUUAGAGUAACCCUUUAAGCUUUUUUAAGAUAAAACACUAAAAUUCUAUCUGCAUUGGUGUAAACUAUAAUAAAAAAAAACUGGACUUAAUCAGGAAUAUCUAUAGAGAUUCACUUUAUGCUGCAGUUAAAUUGAAUUAUGCUAGGAUUCUUUUAUUGACCUUUUUGUAAGAUCUGUGCUCUAGUAAAGCCAUAACAUAAGAUCAAUAAGAACAAGCUGAUGUAUUUUAGCAGUGAGGAUGGAGACAGAAAUCCAGUGAUAUUUUUGCAGUCUAGUCUCAAAUGUGUUGGACUUUACAUAAUCUGUUAAAUGCCUGCUACAGUUUAGGGAUGGUUUCAAAACAGACUUGUUUACUCUGGUAUAUGUUAUAAAACUUAAUUUAAAUGUUUACACUGGUUUUAGUUUAUCAAACCGUUACAUGUAUCACGGUGUAGAACUAUUGCAAACACUUUAAAUUUAGUCACUCUAAUGAAUCAUUGAAACACCUCUCACUGUACAGAGUGGAGAAUAACUGCAGCCAUAUUAAAAUCUUGCUGUUGUUGUAAGACUGCCUUAAUUCUGCCACUAAUUAAAAAAAUAUAUAUUGAUUUCCCUUUUGUACUACUCCAUCAUUUAAGUUGUACUAUUGUCACAUGUACUAAUGGAAUGGAUAUGUCUCCCCUCCUUUAGAGUGACCAAAAUCUGUGGCUUCUACACUCAGGUGUGGUUGGUUCUUGGGAGAUCCUGCAAGCCAGCCCAGUUUACAAAACUGUGAACUGGCCUGUGAAUGGGCGAACAGCAGCUGUAGUAUGGCUAUCAACUUAUUUACCCGGGUCAGUGAUAACUAUGUGAUGUAUGUAUUCCCCUGCACCAUCUUGCAAACAAUCCAGAAUCAAACGACUGACAAAAGCAGCAAAAGAGAGAAACAUAAAAAGAUUGAACUAAGCCAUAAACUCUGUUCUAUACCUAAAGGGGCACUCCAGGCACCCAGACCACUUCAGCUAAUUGAAGUAGUCGGGGUGCUGUGACCCUUUUGCACUAAGUGCUGCAAUGUUUACAUUGCAGCUCUAAGAUUGCCCUUUGUGGCUGUCUAGCAGACAGCCACUAGAGGGCUUUUGGUCUGUUAUCUGACGCCGGAGGUCCUCACGGACCUCCAGCGUCAGAUUUUCACCAUAGGAAAGCAUUGAACAAUGCUUUUUUAUGGGGAGGUCUAAUGCACGCGGCCAUUGCCAUGCAUGCGCAUUAGGUCUCCGGACCCAGCGCCGAGGAACAUCGGUGCUGGAUUGAGGUAAGUUGCUAAAGGUGUUUUUAACCCCUUUAGCGACAUGUUAUGGGAGGGAGGGGGGCACACCAGGAUUCUCUAGUGCCAGGAAAACGGUGCCAGGUCUGUCACUCAGGGGGUUGCCAUAACGACGAGUGACGGACACCCGUUAAAAUUAACCCCGGAUCGCCGCAAUAGCAGGGUUAAUGGUGCUCCGGUCUGCCCCGAUCUCGCUGCCCCAGCACAUGUGCUCGCUCUGACAGCCUGUCAGACUGACGUCGGCAGGGGAGGAGCCUGACCCAGCGCCGAGGGACAUCGGUGCUGGAAUCAGGUAAGUAGCUAAAGGUGUUUUAACCCCUUUAGUGACAUGUAAUGGGAGGGAGGGGGGCACUCCAUGAUUCUCUAGUGCCAGGAAAACGGUUUGUCACCUGUUAAAAUUAAGCCCGGGUCGCCACUAUCGCAGCGAUAGCGGGGUUAAUGGUGCUCCGGUCUGCCUCUGUAUUAGAGGCAGACCGGGAGCACCCGAUCUCGCUGCCCCAGCACAUGUGUUCGCUCUGACAGCCUGUCAGAGCGAGCACAUGUGUUGCAUAUACUCACCUUCCGCAUCCUUGCACUUCCUGGUUCUGUGUGAAGUGCAGGGAGCCGGAACAGUGUUGAUCCUGCCCCCUGUGUAAAAAAUAAAAAUAAAAAAAGUUAAUUUAAAAUCCCACCCCUCUUUACCCAUUUUAAUAAAAAAUUAACCCCUUCCCUGCCAAUUGAUCACUGGCUACAGUGAUCAAUUGGCAGGGAUUACAUUUUACCGUCAUCUGAUUUUUUUUUUAAUUUUUUUUUUUUUUAAACCCUCAGGGGUUAAAUUUAUUUAAUUAAUUUAAAUAUUUUUAAAUUAUAUAUUUAGCUAGCUGGGGUGGAUGGAAGUUAGUGGGGAAUUGGGGGAUUUGGUGUUAGGCUAAUUAGGGGUUAACUUUAAAAAAAAAAAAGCUAAAAACUUAAAAAUGAAGCUAAAAAAAAAGUUUUUAUAACUUUUAAGUAAAAAAAAAAAAAACCUUUACCCAGUCAAAUAAAAAUUAACCCCUUCCCUGCCAGUCGAUCACUGCUCACAUAGUGAUCAAAAUACAGAUCACAGUAUUAUACUGUGAUUCUAAUUUUUUAAUCCCUGAGGAUUAACUUUUAUUUAUUUUUUAACCCUCAGGGGCUCAAUUUAUUUAAUUUAAAUAUUUUAUAAUUAUAUAUUUUGCUAGCUGGGGUGGGUGGGAGUUAUGGGAAAAUUGGAAAUUUACUGUUUUGCUUACUGAUAGUUAGGGGUUAACAGUAAAAAAAGAAAAGCUUAGAAAAUUUUAAAUCUGUAAAAAAACAAAAAAAACAAAAAAGUUUUAGGAAAGUUUUAAAAAAUUAAUAAGCAAAACAAAAGUUUCAAAAAGUAAAAAAUACAUUUAAAAACUCAUUACCACUGGCCACCUGGAACAAACUAGGAGAAAAAAAAUGAUCCCACGCUAAGGUUCAAAAUAUUCCUUUUGAAUUACCCAGGGUGUAAUUCUUUUAAUCAAAGGUAGGUGUUUGGGGAAAUUUAAUAACCAACCAUCUAAACUACAAAUUGGAACAUGGACAUUGCAUAAACCCCAAAGUUAAAAAUGAAUGGCUGCCUCAAAUGCCUUCAACAUCCACAUAUACCUGGCUAAGUACAUGCGGGGGUAUUGCUGUACUCAGACGACAUAGUUGAGCAACAUAUGAACAGCACAUAUACACUGGUAACACACAAGGUUUGCAAAAAUAUACCUGACCUGUAACUACCAAAAAAAAACUUAAAAUCCCACACAUUAUAUAUUCUGUAAAUCAGAACAACUAAAUUAAUUUAUUUUUAAUUACUUUCUCCUUAACCUACUAAUUAUGCACACAUUAUUGCAAAACUGUAAAAAACAAAACAAAACAAAAACACACAUUUUCAUUUUUUGCAUUCUUUUUUUUUAUAAUAUAUAUAUAUAUAUAUAUAUAUAUAUAUAUAUAUAUAUAUAUAUAUAUAUAUAUAUAUGUGUGUGUGUGUGUUAUCAAAUUAAAGCCCUUUCUGUCCUUUAAAAAACUAUAUAUAAUAUGUGUUGGUGCAAUAAAUUAGUAAAAUGCAAAUUGCAGUUGAACACAAACAGCAAAAAAUGAAAACAAUGCUGUUGUCAUUAAGUGAAAGACAAGCUUCUGAAGCUCUGUCCUUAAAGGACCACUAUAGUGCCAGGAAAACAUACUCACGGGCUCUAGGGGGUGGAAGGGGUUAAACCUCUUCGGCUGAAUGCAGGAGCCGCGCGCACAUUCAGCCAGUCCAUAGGAAAGCAUUCACAAUGCUUUCCUAUGGACACUGGCGUCUUCUUACUGUGAUUUUCACAGUGAGAAACAUGGAAGCCCUCUAGCGGCUGUCAAUGAGACGGCCACUAGAGGCUGAAUUAAAAGAAAAAAAGGUAUAAACAAUAUACCAGCAAGUGGAGCGCUAUAUUGAAUAUAUAUAUAAAUAAUGAGGGGGUAUACUCACCCCUCCAACAUAGUGAUACAAUGUGUCCAAAUGUACAUGCAAAGUAAAACAACAAAGAGAGAGAAUAUAGUGCAGAUGGUUUACAAAAAAUAAAAUAAAAAAUAAAAAAAUGAAUAAUGGUAGCAAUUGGUUGAAACCACUCACGUGGGUUGGAGCCUAUAAGCUAUUGGCUCCGUAAGUGACUCCUUCUUGCUCUUGAGGCAGCAACACACCCCUUUAUCCCAAACGAUAUUCUCCCGAAGAUAUGGAACAAACAGAGAGAGAGAGCCUCAUAGGUGGUAUUGUACAGAUGGUGUAUACAAUAUAGUGAGAUAGUAAUAGAUAUGCUCACCUUAGACAGAGCCUUGAAUUCCUGCCUCUGAGGUUUGUUGGCAAUGUGCUAAUUUAUUGGGAUAGCAUUCCCCACAUGGUGUUCCUGGAGGCUAGAAAGGACUAUAUGGACUAAUAUAUAAAAAAAUAACAAUUUAUUGUAGAGAUAAAAAAAUAAUAAUAAAAACAAUAUUUAGACUUCUCAAAAGCACAUAAGCUAAAUGAUGGAAAGUCCAAGUAUAAAAGUCCAAACUCCAGCUAAACGCGUUUCACUCUUGUAUGAGCUUCCUCAGUAGCUGUGAAGUAGCCUCAGGAAUCUUCCACUUUAUAAGUGCUCUAAAGUUGAUUCGGAUCCUCCCUUUGAGGUCACAGGAUGUGUGAUUAUCCAAUCAUAAGGUCAGAGGCUGAAUUAACCCUAACAUAAACAUAGCAGUUUCUCUGAAACUAUGUUUAUAGUAAAAAGGAUUAACCUAAGAUGGACCAGGCACUCAGACCACCUCAUUAAGCUGAAGUGGUCUGGGUGCAUAUAUAGUGGUCCUUUAAGGGGUUAAAAUAGAUGGUCAAAACAACAUUAAAAGUUACAGGGUUAUAAUGACUGUUUUUUUUUUUUUUUAUAUAUAUAUAUAUAUAUAUACAUUCAAAAUAGUUAAACUGGAAAAAAGGUGUUAGUUUUGCUUUUAGUUCAGCUACUCUGGCCUUAAAUUUGAAAUGUACUUCUCACCUUAGACAAUAACACUGUAAGUGUUAAAAAUGUAUUGGUAAUUAUGCAUAUAUACAAAAAUAGGUUACAGGGGUGUUGUAGCAGGCUUCUGCAAUGUAUAAUCAUAUAUCAUAUUUAAAGGAUCACUAUAGUGUCAGGAAAACAAACCUGGUGACCUCUCCUCCCCCACCGACGUGGGCUCCCGUGUGGAGCGGAAUGCACCUACGCGCGCUUUCUUCAAGCAGUCCAUAGGAAAGCAUUUCUUAAUGCUUUCCUAUGGACGUUCUGCACGCUGGAUGCGGAUUUCGCAUUCAGUGUUGCAGAUGCAGCUGUCAAGAAGACACCCACUAGAGUUUGGAUUAACCCUGCUAUGUAAACAGGUUUCUCUGAAACUAUAUGUGAAGGGUUAAAACCGGAGGGACCUGGCACCCAGACCACUUCAUAGAGCUGAAGUGGUCUGGGUGACUAGUGUCCCUUUAAUUCCCCAUUGUUUUUGUGAGCUUUUAAGUUGGUGUAUAGUUAUACACCAUAUAAAAAUACUUGCAAAUCCCUGAACACAAGCUCAAAUGUCCCUUAAAUUGCUGGGUGCCAAACGCCUGGGAUAUAAAUUUUAUACACGGUAAUGAAGGUGGCUGCACUCCGGUCUUAAAAUAUUCAAUACUUUAUUUGAGAAAAAGUUUAAAAGAUCAGUUUCAGUACCUCCUGGGACUUUCCUCAGGAUCAAAACACACAAUACAUAUUAGAGUCUGCAAGAAUAUAUAUGUGUAAAGGGAUUGAUUAAUUGACUCACCGAAGCUGCUGUGCAUCACCUCCAGCAUCCUACCAUGUGUACAGCGCAUGCGCGGACGUGCUCCACCCAUUAAAAGGCUGUAAUGACUUCUGACAUGUUUCCACAGUGACGCGGGAAGCCGCUGUAUCACUAUGGAGAUGGGUAAACCGUUACCUAAAGCUCGGCUUGAUCAUAUAUAUCGAGAGAGGUAUAUUUUUUAUUUAUAUAUAUAUAUAUACCAUUUUAUUUUUAUGUUAUUUGCUUUAUUAGCACCAGGCAUUAACCUAUCUUUACAGGAGUGCAAGUAUUUGAAUAUUUUAUAUUUUAUAUAUAUAUAUAUAUAUAUAUAUAUAUAUAUAUAUAUAUAUAUAUAUUAUUUAUUAUUUAUUAUUCACACACAAUGCUCAAUAUAGAAGUUGCUUAUUGAAGAGUGUUCUCUGUAUAUUCAUUAGAACCAAAAUGGUUUAUACAAAAUCAUGGUAGCUUGGCCUACCAAACUUUAGAAAGCUAAUAAUAAUAUUUCAUAAAUUACGGGAUUUGUAUGUUCAACCCUGUGUUAAAAGGACAUCCCCUCUUUUUUUUUAUUUGUGGCUUUCUUAAGCCUUUCACGUACUACUAUUACCUCCUUCCACUUCUUAUCUCAGAAUGUCUAGCAUUGACUGAGCAUACAAUUUGCCGCUAGCACGAUUCCUGCACAAUAAACCCUUCUAUGGAACUGCAUUUAUUUUGCCAAUUUGAAGACAAUGAGCUAUCCUGCCUCUGCAUAACUCAUUCAUUGACUUUUAUAACAUAUCAAACUCUCCCCUUUUAACCACCUCAAGUCAACAAUAUCUUGUUGCCUAACCAAAUCUCUUCACAAUCCACCUUGCUGGCACUGCCAAUGUGCUUAAAGUGACAUCUUAGGCACCCAGACCACUUCGGUCCAUUUUAAGUGGUCUGGGUGCAUUGUCCCAGGUCCCUUAAGCCUGUAAUUGUAAUGAUUUAAUUUUUGGUAAACUGCAACACGUACAUUAGUGGUUUAAAUCCACUAGAGGGAUUUCUGAGUCAUUAGGCGACUUUUGGUUGCCUGACGCUGGACGUCCUCACGCUUUGCACUCAAAACCACAUAGGAAAGCAGUAUACUUUUUUUUUUUUUUCUUCUAUGGGUGCAGCCAUCCCCGCACAUGUGUAUUAGGUCCCUCCACCGGCUGACGUGGCAUGGAGGCGAAGCCGAAACCAGUGCCAUGGGACAUUGCGCUACAGUUGGGUAAGGGACAGAAGGGGGACAAGGGACGGUGGCACUUUAGGAAGCUGUAGUGCUAGUUCUUUAAAAAUAACACAUUUUAAGCAGGCAAUAUUAGUUAUGGUGCUUGGAGUGUUCCUUUAAGUCAGCAUUUCAUAACCUAUUACAGCUCUGACAAAGUCCCAUGAACUGGGUUGUAAAUGAACUGCAAUAUAGUUGGUCAGCAAUUUGAGCACUUUCAAUCAUCCUAUGUAAUGAGGUGAACUUGGCUAGGGACUAAACUACAUAUCCCAUAACAUCUGGUUUGACAGGGGAUUAUGGCAUAAGGUUUUAAAAGAAAACACCCAGAGCAGAAUUAGGUACUAAGUGGCAUCAGGUCAAUGCUGCCAUUUUCUGUAACUCAAAAGUUUAGUAAUUUGCAACAAAUUACAAUUCUAUAUAAUACAUGCAUACGCACAGAUAUACAUACUAAGUAUUUAUCUGUUUGUCUAUGCGUGUAUUAUAUAUACUUUUAUCUAUUGGUUAACCCAUAAUAUUUACAUUUGCAGGCAAACAGUAUUUUUAUGUGGAUGUUUACGGAGCUGUAAGUCAUAAUCAUUGCACUUAUGACAAAGCACGGCUUGAAUUAUCUUGCUUUGCAUGUAAUGCGUCUAUCUCAUAUUUUAGUUUCCCCUUUUAUGUUGCAAUACUGAAAUAAAUGAACUUUUGCACGAUAUUCUAAUUUUUCGGGUAUCACCUGUGUGUGUGUGUGUGUGUGUGUGUGUGUGUGUGUAUAUAUCUAUAUAUCUAUAUAUCUAUAUAUCUAUAUAUAUAUAUAUAUAUAUAAUCUAUCUCAAAAUACUUAUUGGAUUACCCCAAUCCUUUAGAAAAAAACAUUUUAUUUUUAAUUUGCAGUGCCCUAUGGGGCAUUACGAAAAGGUCCCCCAUCCCUUAAAACCUGUAAAAAUGUUUUAAACAUACCUGGAAUCCAGCGCCAGGGUGUGCGGUUACUUUUCCUUUCCUAACUUCAUCCCUGCACUUGUGUAGUCCCAUCACAGGCUUCUCUAUCAAGUCACCUGUUUAAGUCAUGUGUACCAGGAAUGUAAGUAGCUCCCUGCACACAAGUGCAAAUUACUCUGAAUGUAUAGUGUUUCAAAUAGAAACACUGCACAUUUAGAUUCUAGGAAGGUUUUGGUGCUUUGAAUGUCCUUUUUACACUAUUAGGGAAAUUAAUUUGUUGUUGAUGCCACUUUACAGUUAUAACAGAGUAUGAGAGGAUGCUCCUUUCUGUUGAAAGCAAGUAGUUAACACAAAAGGACUUAACCAAGAGUUGGAGGAGGGAGACUUAUGGUUAAUGCAGGAAAUGCUAUUGCUGAUUAUUAAUACACAAAAAGUCCUGCGCUCAAACUCCCACUACUCUUGGGUGGCAGCAAUUACCAUAGUACACAUAAGCUCCAAUACAUACAGUAAAAACCAAAGGAAAAAAGUUGCAUGCGCUCUUCCUAAAUAUGCAUCGGGAUUUGGGAAGAGCGCAGGUAACUUUUCCCCCUUUGGUUUUUGCUGAAUAUUGUUACUAUUUAAAAUGCACCAACAAAUUUCUCAGUGCAGCCCAUUAGGUGGAAUAACAGUCAAGAAUUUGUAACCAGACAAGUUGGGCGCACAAGAAGAGAGGGGUUGAGUUCCCUACUCAAUGAGCUUACAUUCUAGAGGGUUAGAUGUAAUAACCUACUUGCAGAAGUUGCAGCAGUAUUUAUUUUGUCAAUUAAAUGUUUUUCGUCAUAGUUUGGCUGUAAACUGCCAAUGCACAUAUCUAAAUAUAGAAAGUCCAACAGUUCUCUGUUAAAGGGACAAGCACCUAUUGUUAGACAAUUGUCUUAUUCAGGAUGCAUGUUUCUUUAACAGAAAACAGAAUUUUCUACAUUCAAGUUCAGGUAAUAUGUUCAGUGGCCUUUUACAGUCAAUGUACUUUUUAAAUAUUAUUAAGGAACACUAUAGGCACCCAGACCACCUUAGCUCGUUGAAGUGGUUUGGGCACAGUGUUUUGGUAUUGCACUUAGUGCUGCAAUGUAAAACAUUGCAGUUCCAGAGAAGCUGCAAUGUUUAAAUUGCAGUACUAAGUCUGCCUCCAGUAACUGUCUGCCAGAGAGCCACUUGAGGUGCUUCCUGGAUGUUAAAUGGACAAUAUAGUCACCUAGACCACUUCAGCUCAAUGAAGUGGUCUGGGUGCCAGGUCCCUCAGGUUUUAACCCUUCACAUGUAAACAUAGCAGUUUCAGAGAACCUGCUAUGUUUACAUUUGGGGUUAAUCCAGCCUCUAGUGACUGUCUUCCGGAUAGCCACUAGAGGCGCAUCUGCGACGCUGGAGGCAAAUUUUGUCUCCAUCAUGCAGAGCGUCCAUAGGAAAGCAUUGAGAAAUGCUUUCCCAUGGACACUUUGAAUGCGUGCGCAUUCGGCUCCAGUGACUUCGGACGGGGAGGAGAGGUCACCAGCGCCAGGCUCCCUGGAUUAAGGUAAGUGGCUGACGGGGUUUUAACCUUCAGCGCCACGGGAGGAGGUCCCUCAGGGCACUACAGUGUCAGGAAAACUGCUUUGUUUUCCUGACACUGUAGUGAUCCUUUUACUGAUGUUUGGUCCGGUAACUGAUGCUGGUUGUCCUCACACUUUGUAUGAGGACAGCCAGCGUCCGCUAUUUCUCCAUAGGAAAACUUGAUACAAUGAUUUCCUUUGGGCUGGUCUUAAUGGGGCAAUCACCAAGACUUAGCGCCCCCUUGUCAGUAACGUCGGAGGAGGUAGAGCCGCGACACAACACCGAUGGAUAUUUGCACUUCUGCUUGAAAGACUGAAGAAUGUCAUAUGCAACUUGUUAUAAUUAAAGCAUCUAAGACAGGGUUAUACUCUAAAGACCAAUUCAAGGCCAUAACAGUGAUACUUUUUUUUCUUAUUUGGCCUAAAUUUUUAAAUUCACUUUUAAUUCCUGGAUUUUUUUUUUUUAUAAUGCGAUAAGUCUCAAACAUAGAUCAUACCACUCUUGUAUUUAUACAUGCUCUAUGUAAACCCAUUUAAAAUGCGUGGCAUUUUCUCAACACAAAAGUCCUGAUGAGCUUCAUUGCCUUAACUUUUUAUGUGUUCUGUGUGGACAGAGUAACCUUUGAGAUCCACUCUUUAUCGACCGUCCUAUUGUGAAGACAAUGAUGAAGUGAAAUUUCUCAUCUCGUUGUCAACAGAGAGGGCAGGUUUUAGAUUAUGAGAGAACCCAUUUUUGUCUAACAUUUUCAAAUGAUCUUACAAAAUAUACUCUGCUUCCAUGUACCGUAAUCACUACAAUAGGCUGCAGUGUGUUUGUGGUGCGUAGUGACCUUUAACUGUUUUUGUUUUUUUUUCUAGUGUAUAAGCAAGACUGUUCUUAUUUAAACAUGUAAUUAGCUUUUAAAUCUGUUCAGUUGAGCAGUGUUGCUGGUUGUGGUUCUUCUCAUAGGUUUAAAAGUACAGAAUUCAAAACUUGCACAGUGGAUCCAAAUUUAGCUGCAUGCCGGCUAUGAUUCAUGGCAUCAAGUACAUUUGGCAUGUGUCUGGAGCUGUUUAAAGGUUUUGUUAAUGCUUUAAAAGAACAUAUGCAAUAUUUUUAGAAUCUGACAACUCAUACCCUCAUUAGUAGUUAGUGGCUUGUUUGUAGUUGAAGAUAGUACAGAUGGGAAUUCCACGAUUAACUAUUGGCAGUCUACUGUUGUGUUAUAUUGCUUUACAACAUAAAGCAGCAUUUCAUCAUAGUAAGUCAUUCUAUUAAAAGAAAACCAUUACGUUCUAGUAGUAUGGAGCAUUAAAAUUUUAACAAUUUAAAAUGUGACUUCUAAAUGUACCUAUUAAAUAGCAAAGGUCCACUAGGUAAGCUGUUUCAUCGCAGAACCAUCUUCCAACAAAGACCGUUUUAUUGUAGCCAUUAGCUCUGUAUUGAAUCUUCAUGAAUAACACUACUAUAUUCCUUGCCUCAUUCCUCUUGAUGCCUUGGGUUCAGUUAUUAAACCCUACACGUAGAAGGAAAUAUGGGUAGUCACACAUGAAAAAGUGUGCCUCCAACCCAGGCUGUCCAAUCUCCCAGGAUCUAUAGCAGCAGCGGAGAAGACUUGGCACUAUUAGAGAUCCAAGGCAGAUUUAAUUGAAUAUGAUACAGCAGUCUUGAUCAAGCUCUGUGAGAACUGAAACAUUGCUGUAUCCUAUACAGGGCUAAAAAAAAAAGUCAAGGCCUACACUAGUAGCCAAAAUAUAAAUUGCUCCCCAACUGCAAGCUUAAAGAGUUUCACACACCAGGAUUACAUUUUUACUCACCGGGGCAAAAUUUUCAUUCGUUAGUGGCAAGUGGAAAUCUCUCUUGAUUAUUAUGUUGGUGUACAGGCCUUUGUAUAUGCAGGGAGGGACAAUAACACAGUUUUUACAGUAGUGAGUCUUGAGUGGGUAAGAGCCCAUAAAUAGAGCAUUAGAUCACUAUCAGAAUUAUUUUUAUUACAGGUUUUUUAUAGGACAUUUAGCUUGGUUAAAGUUUUUUUCUUGUGUGGUUCCGAACAUCAUUCCAUGAUCAAUCAGGAACAUAAAUCUGGCAAUCAUGGGGCUUAUAUGAAGCUUAAUAGUGAGGAGGACAUGAACUGGCUGGAUAGAGAAAUUUGCCAUGGAGGGCCUUACAUUCUCUAUUUCUGUCGUAUACCGAGCAAGACAUUUCAGUGUGAGGCUGUGUUUCUGUCUUUGCUGCAGGAACUCCUCUCUGAAUGAUUCCUUUGUUAGGGUUCUGUAGUGCAUUGCAGAUAUGCAUGAAACUGCAGAGCUGUUCACUGCAGGCCUUUCUUGCUGAGGAUGAAUACAUCACCAGUCAUGACAGGUUUUCUCACUGCUUUAAGGUAGUAUGUUAUACCAGACAAUUUUAGCAUGUCACCAAAGUGCAAGUUCUAAGAAGGGCAUUUUAUUUUCACAGCCUUUGUUAUAAAAGUGUAAAUUUGUAAUUUGUAUCAUUUUUAGAUUUCAACAUGUCAACAGAUGGGGCCUUCGGCAGUGGUAGCAGUGAUGCUCAGCAGAGCUUGCAGUCAUUUUGGCCAAGAGUUAUGGAAGACAUCCGAAAUUUAACAGUGGUAAGUACCCGUUUUCAUUUAAUUGGCAGCUUUAUCUGUGGAAACGAUCCUCAAGGUUUUUUUUUGCUGAGCAAUAAAAUAAGUGUUAAAAGAACAUAUUUAAUGUGGGGUUUGACAGGAAUUGUGAAAAUACAGAAAUGGGACCUGCAGCUAAAAAAGGUUUAUUGGUGCCUGGGGUAGAACUUGAAAGGAGGUAUGAUUUACCUGAAGCUCCCCAUUCUCUGCACAUCUAUCUUUUCUUAAAGGGACACUAGUCGCCAAAACAACUCGUUUAUUUAAAGGAACACUAUAUAAUGUCAAGAACAAAAACAUGCAUUCCUAACACCACUGAUGUUACUCACCUUUUUUCCAGCGCUAAAUAGGAAAGCAUUAGGAGGCUAUCGCAAAGCGCUGUGACAAUCAGCAUCUCCUCAUCUCUAUGGGGAGUGAUCAUCAUCUCCAUGCUCUGCAUGGUGAAGCUGAAUGUCUGUGCUGCACAUGGUGGAUUGAGCAGUGAGACUUCAGGGGCAUGAUCUAUACACAAGAACUGCUUCCUUGAGCUAAAGUUGUUUUUGUGACUAUAUUGUCCCUUUAAUCCCCAUUAGAUGUAGCUGGUUCAUCUAAAUACAAAUGGGUAUCUAUGGAAGAUUCUGAAGGAUCCUAGACAUACCUCUUCAUUAUAACAUUUAUCAUAACUUGAUGCAAAUGAUAGCUGAUGAGGGAAAUUGCAAGGUUUACCAAACAGAACUGAAUUGAAGCUUUAAUCAAAUGUGUAUGUAAGAUAAGUCAUCCCUACUUUGUCUCAUAUUGUUAGAUUAAAUUUUAAUUAAAAAUAAAUAAAUAGAAGUGACAGUUCCUUUUAAUAAUAUAUUGCUGAGCAUAGGCUCUUGUCUGCCUGUGAUACCAAUAGGGCAAGACUUUCUUCUGACAGAACCCACUUGCAGGCAGAAAACGUAAAACUCGUAGUCAAAGUUCCAUGUGUCUAUUCAAUGCACAAUAACCCAAUACCUAAAUAUAUACUUUUGUUUAAUAUCAUCUAAAAUCCUACUUGGUCUUUAAAUGGUGUUGGCAGAUUAACAAAACUGGAAUUUGACUGGUGAUUGGCCUUUUAAUUUCACAUAAAAGAACACUCCGUUGAAUUUUAUUUAAUUUUAUUAAAAAAAUGUAAUAUACCACAAAAGAAAAUGAGUGUAUUUUUUUCCUGCAUUUUUUCUUUGGGGUUAUAUGAAAAACCACUUACAAAAGCUGCAUAUGUGCUGUGUGCGUACAUUGUAAGCCCUCACCUUUUUCCCCAGCACAGACCUUUAGUCUAUGCCAGUCAAUACUCCAAUCAGUAACUUGCAGCUUUCCUAUGCUUCCCAACACGGAGAACUGGGGGAAGGCAGGAGUACUGUGAAGCUAAUAGAAGCAGUAGAAAACCUCCCUGGCUGUCAGUAUUUUUCCCCUAAUUAUAAACACGUACUUUUUAAAAAAAAAAUAAUAAAAAAACUUUAGGAGUUAAAUCCCUUUGUUUAUGAACCCUAGUCACACCUCACUGCAUGUUACUUGCACAGCCUUCCCUAAACACUUCCUGUAAAGAGAGCCCUAUUUAGGCUUUCUUUAUUGCAAGUUCUGUUUAAUUAAGAUUUUCUUAUGUUAAUAGCUUGCUAGACCCUGCAAGAGCCUCCUGUAUGUGAUUAAAGUACAAUUUAGAGAUUGAGAUACAAUUAUUUAAAGGACCACUAUAGUGCCAGGAAAACAUACUCUUUUUUUCCUGGCACUAUAGUGCCCUGUGGGUGCCCCCACCCUCAGGGUCCCCCUCCCACUGGGCUGGAUGGCGAGGAAAAUAAAGGAAACUUACCUUUAUUCCAGCGCCGGGCGGGGAGCUCUCCUCUUCUCCCCCUCCGAUCCUCCUCUUCGGCUGAAUGCCCAUUCGCGGCAGGCGCUGCGCGCGCAUUCAGCCGGUCUCAUAGGAAAGCAUUUACAACGCUUGCGUGUUCUCACUGUGAUUUUUCAUAGUGAGAAGCACGCAAGCGCCUCUAGCGCAAGCGCCUCCAGCCACUGGAGGAUUUGGAGGCUGGAUUAACCCAUUUAUAAACAUAGCAGUUUCUCUGAAACUGCUAUUAUUAUAAAAAAAAAAGGGGGUUAAUCCUAGCUGGACCUGGCACCCAGACCACUUCAUUAAGCUGAAGUGGUCUGGGUGCCUAGAGUGGUCCUUUAAGGUAAAUUACAUCUGUUUGAAAGUGAAACCAGUUUUUUUUUCAUGCAGGCUCUGUCACUCAUAGCCAGGGGAGGUGUGGCUAGGGCUGCAUAAACAGAAACAAAGUGAUUUAGCUCCUAAAUGACAGUGAAUUGAGCAGUUAAAUUGCAGGGGAAUGAUCUAUACACUAAAACUGCUUUAUUUAGCUAAAGUAAUUUAGGUGACUAUACUGUUCCUUUAAUGACUCCAGACACACACAGCCCUUCAGCAAGCUAAAAUGUUUGGAGUAAUCCUAUAAGGCUAAUUGCAGAUCUAGAAAAAUAUCUGACUUGAAGAAUUGUCUAGUUUGCCUACAUUAUUUGCCAUCACGUGUCAUUUUGCCACAUUUCACAGUUUAGUAAAUAAGCACCAUAGACAGACAUGUAUGGACUAAACCCAUAUAUUGUGCUAAGGAUCAGAGAAAUAUUAAAAAAAAAAUAAAAAAAAUAUUCAGCACAUUCCAUUAUCCUACUGUGUCUUGAUAGUAAACCUAAUAUUCUGAAGGAAAAAAAAGACACUAUGGGCACCAUAACAAGUUAAUUCUAAUGUAGUUGUUAGUGCUCGGAGUGUUCCUUUAAUGUCAUGAAGUGUUUGAUUCCUCUAAUGAAUUUCUUGACUAAAAUGAUUGGAUUGCUUUCUUUGCUCUUUCACCCAGAAGGAUUUCAGAGUUCAGGAGCUUCCACUGGCUCGCAUUAAAAAAAUCAUGAAACUUGAUGAAGAUGUGAAGGUAAAAUGUGUAAAUUUUUGCAUACAGGACAUGUAUUAUAUGUAUUAUACGAUAUGGAAUUAAUCAAUUGAACUUCUGUCUGAUGUAUGCCAGUGGUUAUUGGUCACUAAUAUCCAUUCUGAUUAAGAGAGCCUUCGGCUCCACUUUGAAUAAAAUUAAUGCUUUUCUAAUAUCCAUUUUAAUAUGCCAAUUUUAGAAUCACAGUUUUGGAACUUUUCUCUUGUGGCUAAAACACUAUAUUCCAAGGGUCCUAGUUUUGAAUUUGUCUUUAGUUGCUAAUAAUUACAAUAAUUUAUUUAAUAAAGGAACACUUCAGUGUUACAAAUACAAAGAUGUAUACAAACGUAUUCCUCUAAACUCCUUCCUCAGGCGCUGUAAAGCAUAACCCAGGGCUCGACAAAUUUGUCAAGUCCUGAUAUAACCCUUUAUUCACUUUGCUUCCUCCGAAGGGAGCUGAUGGGGGGGACCUAAUGCACAUACGAGGCAUGUGCUGUGCACGCAUUAGACAUCCCACAUAGGAAGGGAUUGCAGAGCGUGAGGACGUCCAGCGUCCCUUCACGGAAUCAAACUACAGGAAGCGACUCUAGUGGCAAUCUUAGUACUUCAAUGUAAACAUUGCAAUUUCUCUAAAACUAGGGGAAAGGGACACUGCACCCAGACCACUACAAUGAGCUGAAGUGGCCUGGGUGCCUACAGUGUCCCUUUAAGUAUCCUAUUUUCAGUGGAAAAAGGCAAGUGGUCAUACCCAGAACAUACUUGAAAAUUGUAUCCUUCCUGGUAAAAUAUUUUAUAAAUAAAAAUAAUGUGGUCAAGUGUACUGUGCUAUUUUACAAUUGGAAGGAUUGUGAUGGAUUAGGUGUGCAAUUUUUGAUCUUUUGUCAAACUUCAAAUUCUUUUUGCUUGAGCUUAGAUGAUCAGUGCUGAAGCCCCAGUUUUGUUUGCCAAAGCUGCUCAGAUUUUUAUAACAGAGUUAACACUACGUGCUUGGAUUCACACAGAGGACAACAAGAGGAGAACUUUGCAGGUAACUUUUAUUUUUUGAUUGACUCAUCGAUUUAAGGGUAAACCCUUUUUUAAGCAAUAUAACUGGAAGUUGGAGCUUUGGUUCAGUCAGGCUCUUGCCUUCAUACGUCUGCUGAUGGUUUCCAAUGGUUUGUGUCCUCUUAUGGUUUUAUUGUAGCCUUUCUUAGUCCUCUAAAAAUAAACUGCUUCAAAUUUUAAUCUGAACUGAACCUGCAAAGGACACUGCUAGACAAAACUACUAUACUGUCUGGUUUAUAUGUACAGAUACUGUUUGAGUACUGAUUUUCAAAAUAACAGGCUAUUCAAUUCGCUAAGUUUAGAUAUGUAUAUGCUCAGUAAACGGUUAUUAGAUUUGGGGGUUGUACACUUUAGAACCGCAACAAAGAUAGUUACUAUCUUCUAGUUAUUGUAGGAUGCAGUAUGAAUUAUUUAUGGAGUAGCAGAUGCAUGUACAUCCUUUUCUUCCCCAUGGGUGGAUGGUGGAUAAUAAUUCCGUGCAGAUUAUUUUAAAGCAUUGAUGAACUAUACACGCACAUGCAUAAAUAAAUAUCCGCACACUUUUUCUCACACGGGCCCAUACACAGAUAAUUCCCUUUGCACACAAUGGCCUGCACAAUAUUUUUGAGAUAACGUGGCAGAUUGUGGUGUUAAAGGAACACUACUUAACAUAAGAACUUCAUGUAAAUGUGGUGGUCGCUGUAGUGCCUACAGUAGUUCUCAACUCCUUAGUGGUCCCAAAUGACUUCAUUUUAAAAAUUAGAGCGUUUGGAAAUAUGUCUUUAAGUCUCUUGAGAGUCGUGAGUGUUAUUUCUUAUUUCCUGGUUGUCAUAUACUAGCAUGCUGUGCUUUAGGGAAGGCCGGUGCUUAGCCAGCUUUGAGUAAUUCGUUUUUUUGUUUGAAUUAUUGUGCAGGUGCACGGAGGGAGGGGCUGGGGCACCCUAAAAACUAACAAGGGAAUUGCAUCACUUGACACUAUAUACUAUAUUUUUUAAACCAGCAAACAUACACUUUUAACCCCUUUACGCCGUUAUGGCAUUCUAUGCCGUCCCGCAUUAAAUUGGUUUUAAAGUCGUUGCGGCAACAUAGAACGCCGUAACUGCUUGCAGCCCCAGGAGGUCCGCGUUACUUACCAUCACCGCAAUCCUCUACGGGAGGUCGGCCUGGCAGCCCUCCCACGGCAAAUAUGUCCCACUAUAGUUGGCUGUGGAUCUGUCAGACAGUCUCCCUGCUGGUGGUAGGUGUAAAAAAAUAAACAUGUUAAAUUAAAUUUAUUUAUAUUUAUAUAUAUAUAUAUAUGUGUGUGUGUGUGUGUAACGUCAUACGUAGUAUAUUUUAAUGUUCAUAUAAAUACAUAUAUUGGUACACUUAGAAUGAUGUCAUAUAUAUAUAUAUAUAUAUAUAUAUAUAUAUACACACACACACACAAUAUUUAGGAGAAGUUUUGCACUCCAGCUUUCCUCCCUUUAAUGGCCCGGUGCUCAACUGCACGAAGAUAUAGAUUCCAAAAGAGAGCCAGCACUCAAGUAUGAAGGCUUUUAAUCCAAACAGUCAACGUUUCAGUUUACCAUAGUGAACUUUUCUCAGGAUAAAUUCUCUGAAAGCCUUUGGAGACUACUUAUGGUAGAGAAUUGAACAUUCAAUUCACAGGCAACAGCUCUGGCGGACAUUCCUGCUAUCAGCAUGCCAAUUGCACACUCCCUCAAAACUUGCGACAUCUGUGGCAGUGUGCUGUGUGAUAAAACUGCACAUUUUAGAGUGGCCUUUUAUUGUGGCCAGCCUAAGGCACACCUGUGCAAUAAUCAUGUGGUCUAAUCAGCAUCUUGAUAUGCCACACCUGUGAGGUGGAUGGAUUAUAUCAGCAAAGGAGAAAUGCUCGCUAAGACAGAUUUGUUAACAAUAUUUGAGAGAAAUAGGCCUUUUGUGUACAUUGAAAAAGUCUUAGAUCUUUGAGUUCAGCUCAUGAAAAAUGGGGGCAAAAACAAUAGUGUUGCGUUUAUAAUUUGGUUCAGUGUAUAUGCAGCCAAAAAAAUUAUACAUUGUUACAAGUAGCUUCUUCUUUGUGGUGUUCUAACUUCUGUCGGGUUUGUUUUUUCAGCGAAAUGAUAUUGCUAUGGCAAUCACAAAAUUUGAUCAAUUUGAUUUCCUUAUUGACAUUGUCCCCCGUGAUGAAUUAAAACCUCCAAAACGACAGGUAAGGGGUUAAAAAAACAAAAAAUACUAUAUGUAACUGACAGACUCUCUAUAGAUACAAUAUUAUAGUACAAUAUUGAAAAACUUGCUUAGCAUAACUGUGAUUAGUGUAUAAUUUGCCAACUUAUAUUUUCCAGUCUGGACUUUUAUUUAUUUUCUGAACUUGCUCAUAUUGUAUCUGAUUACUCCUGUGUUUUUUUUUUGUAUUGUCUCUUAUUAUACAGGAUGUUUUACCAGCACUUCAUAAGUGUGCUUUACAUUACAUAAUUGUAUUUCAACAAAUAGAUUUGUUCUACUGUAUCAGUCUGCAUCCUAUAUCUGGUAUAACGGUUGCCAUUACUCUAAAUGCCUAUUCUUGACAACUUGCUUACCAGUGAUUUUCUCCAAUUCGUUUAGCUAGAUGAAGCAAGGGUUUGGAGGCUCUCUGAAAAAGACUACCCACAAGUAGUGGGUAGCAUUCAGAACCUUUGCUCUAUUAGGAAAUGGCUAUUUUUUUCCUGUGGACAGGUAUGUGGCUUUGUGUGAAUGCAAUCCUUGGACCCAGAGAUUGUGCAGUAAGCAUUUAUCAUCACUAGGAGAGUUUAAAAGAUAGCUUUUGUCGAACUGGAACGGCUUUACGCUUAAAGUUAAUUCAGAAUUAGUUUUAUAUCUAUAGCAUUUUUGACUCUUCAUGUUAAAAGAGAAAAAAAAUCCAACACACUUUUUUCUUUUCUUCAUGGUUUCCUUUUGCAUUUCACCAUUGUGCUGUGUAACAUGAGAUUAUAAGAAUGUACAAUCUUCAAUACUGUAUCAGUUGUGUAAUCAUCCAGGUAACCUGAGUCGCUGUAAACAUCCUUGACUGGAAGCUGUGAAUCUAUUACAGGAGCUUUCAGUCGGAUGUUUACAGCUGCUGGCUGCCACACUACUCCUUGUCAAGGUCUGGUUAUAGGGUUAGGAGAAGGAAGUAUACCCAUCCAUAAUCUGGGUGUCUGCAGCUGUACCUGGAUAGUUGUUUUAUCUUUAUGUGGUAUAGAUAUCAUGUGAACGUUUCCCGCACUCCUUUUUUCCUGGUACAUCUGAGCCCUGAGAGAGAUUAUUUUCCCAUAGGUUGCAUUGUAAAAAUCUUUGAUAGGCUGGUGUUUAGUAGAAUGAAAACUGUUGGUUAAACUUUAGCUAGAGAAAACAAUUCAGGUGAUUCAUGUUUAUAAGCAAUAAAAAUAAGCCACGGAGAUCACAAAUAUUCUGUACAGAUGCAAGAGUAGGAAACCCAAGAAGCAAUGGAAGAGGAGGUGCUUGAAAAUGGAGAGAGAAAUUACAGUUGGGUUUAUUAACUAAACAAUGAAUUGAAAUCCAUAGUGCAAGUUUAGACAAACGUUGAUUUGAGAAUAUACUUUAACUUGUGACAUGGCGUUAAUCUAGUCUUUGAGUUAAUCUAAUUGGUAGAUUCACAUAUUUUUUAUGAGUUAUUAUAAAUUACAGUUGAAUGUGGUCACUAGUGGUAUAUGGGCAGAGAUUUUUUUUUUCUGUAUAUUUUGGUGUGCACUUUCAGAGCAGAGUCUUUUCUUAAUGAUGGGCCUUUACAUACUUUGUCUGACUAAAACAGUAUUUUUUAAAGGACUCGUUUUCUUGGCACUAUAUGGUCUUUAGGUCUCCCCCACCCCUCAGGGUCCCACUCCUGCUGGGCUGAAGGGGGAGGGGAAGGGGUUAAUCACUUACCUUUCUCCAGCGCCGGGCACCCUCUGCGCUUGGGAAAUCUUCUCCCUCUUCCGACGUCAGCGCUGAAUGAGCAUGCGCGGCAAAAGCCGCGCGCGCAUUCAAUCAGUCCAUAUGAAAGCAUUUCUCAAUGCUUUCCUAUGGACGUCGGCAUCUUCUCACUGUGAUUUUCACAGUGAGAAGCGCCGAAGCACCACUAGAGGCUGGAUUAACCCUAAUGUAAACAUAGCAGUUUCGAUGGACCUGGCACAUAGACCACUUUAUUGAGCUGAAGUGAUCUGGGUGCCUAUAGUGGUCCUUUAAAUAGCACUUCUACAUCCAGUCAUAUGCAAUACUGCUCUUGUUUUUAGUGUAAGACAACGUCAAAAUGAAGUUGAGCAGAUAUACCCACACCUCUAUGGGCUUCACAGUGUAUGCAAAUGUGCCUUUGACUAGUGUAGUAAUGUUUAGAAAGUUACAAUUACCUUGGCUUUUUAUGCAGAUCUAGGUGUCCCUUAUACCUUUGUUCAAACAUCAGUUUAAGUAGCAUUUUUCUACAAUUAGUUUGUGUUUAUGUAUAAAGAGAAACAAAACAAAAAAGAGAGUGCGAGCUCAUACAGUGAAUAUUUACGUGGACAAAGACUAAGGGGUUAACUCUAGAGAACACAUAAACAUAAAAUAAAUUGUCCUGUGAGACUGGUAGUGAAUGAUGAUUUAAAUAUAAAACAACUUUUAAUAGUAUAUUUAAAAAAAAAGGGAAAUAAAACCAAAUAUAUAUUUGGUUUUGAUCUUUUUAAAAUAAACUAUUAAAAUGUAAGUUUUAUUUUUAAACCUUGUGAAUUAUGGUCUAUUGGAGCACUGCAGAAGGUUUAUUCUGUUUGUGUGUGGGUCUCAUAUUUCACACAGUUAAAGUACUGUUUUUACAGUGUAACAAAUACUUUUUUUUUUUCUUUUCUGCAAAGUGUACAACUGGAAGAACAUGCCCAAAAAAUAGACAAGUUCAGUGUGCAUGUGAAAAAUAUUGGAUUACUGCUAUAGUUUGACAUCAGUGUGUUUUCUCCCUGGAGCCAGACUCUGCUUGAUAUUUGUGAUGAAGAACUCUGCUUCCCCCCGCCUGUAGAAAGGAUAUCACAGAUUAGCAAGAAGAAAGUUACAAUAGGAAGCGAUAUGAGUAAGGUUUGGGUGCCUGCCAGCCACGGAUGCAGGGCUGGGAGGUAAAGGUUACACACAUCUUUUUGUUUUACAACCAUAAAGAGCUUGUUCAUACUUUAGAGAAAGGGGGUGGAAAGAAAGAUGUACACUCACAGAUUGGGAGAUUGCCAUGAUUCAGUGGUUGUAAACAUCCUACACUCUCAGCUGUGAAUAUAAGGAGGCUGGGAGAAGGGUGUUUACUCCCUCUGCCAUGGAAUAGCUUACAAACUGCUGCUCAAGAAAAAGACUUCUUUCCCUGCUGCAAACAAGAAGAUAAUAUAUAUUUCUACAUAGUGUUGCACAGCUUUGAACUAUAAUACUAUAGAGAAAGUCACGUUUGUUGCUUUAUCAAUGCUUUAUUUUUUUAUUUUUUUUGCCAUGUCAGUCUAUUCAUUAAAAUAAUUUACUUAAUUCCAGUGUUACCAUUUUGAAUUCUAAGCGGUUAUGUAGUCUGUAAAAAAAAAAAAAAAACAAAAAAAAAAAACUUGUACCUGUACACUUGAAAAUAUUUCUAGAACAGAAAUAUAACAAAUACAAUCAUAAGAAUAAUGUGCAAAAUAAAUAUCCUUAUAUGUAGGCUUCCUAAAAGAGGUAAACGUUGAGGAAUUUUUAGAAACAGGGCUUGUCAAAGGUCAUCUAUAACAAAACACCCCAAAUAAACCGUGUGCCAUUCUUUAGAGCUUUGUUAUUCAGAAGUAAAAGCAAUCAACACUGUGAGUAAUCUUUAUAUAGGACCUUUACAUCCCCUGAGACACAAGCUGUGAGGUUAAAGAGGCCUACAUUAUUUUAGAAAAAAGAUGGGGCAACAGUCAGUGUAGAUCAGAGAAGAACAAGAGUGUGGUGGGGAUAAACCUAGAACCCCGCCCCCUCUUCUACGAACUCCAUUUCUUGGGGGUUUACUAGGUUAGAUUUAUACAUCAUAACAUCUGAACCCAGCAGCUCAUGAAUGAAUGACAGCUUCUGAAUGCAUGUUCAGAUUUUUUUGGCCCAGAGCACGUGUGUGUGUGUGUGCGCGCGUGCAUUUUUCUUUUUUAGGGUUAUCCCAGUAUAGUUUUGGCUACCCUAUAUAUUUACACACAUUUUCCUUGCUGAAGUGCAUUUUGUGUGAAAAGUGUCCCUUUAGCCAUGAAACCAAAAGUGCAGGUCUCAAUAGAAAAUGGCACUUUUAUAAAUUAACCUUUUAACAUCCUCUGGCUGUCAAUAAGAAAGUUCUUCCUGUUCCUUUCUGGUAGUUUAGUUCAGUUGAGCUAAACCCAAGUUGCAGCAAUUGCCCUGUUGUGCAAAGACUUCUCAUUGAGCUGCAUUGGGAAGUCUGUGAUUGGACAGCCACAGAAAGUCUAGGCAGGGUUAGAAGGGGAGGACUGCAUAAUUAAAAAUACAAGCAUGCCUUGAUUUGGGAUAUAUAUUCGUGUGUAUGUAUAUAAAUACUCCAUUGUCCAGCCAUAAAGAAUAAUUAUAAUAAAUAAAAUUAUAUAUAUUUACACGCACACGUGUAUGUGUGUGUGUGUAUAUAUAUAUAUAUAUAUAUAUAUAUAUAUAUAUAUAUAUGUCUCUCUUUCUUGUAUAAACAAAAAACUUCAUGUGCCUGGGUGCUUACCUGCAUAAAAAUAUAAACAAAUGAAAUGAAGGGUGCACUCACAGGACUUCUAAAUUAAUUGGUUUAAUGUGACAAAACAAAAAUGUACAUCUAUAUCCUAUCGCAAGGCUUGACAAAUCCCUAUCACCAUGGUGACUAGAAAUUUUGCCCUGGCGCCUGGGUUUUGCCAGCUCUCUAGUGUGGCCACCGAAGGAGCUUUGACGGCGGCCGCCCAGAGGAGCAUGGAGGUGGGCAGCAGCCCGCAGGAGCAUUGUGGGCGGCCCGCAAGGGAGCAGUACUCUGCCUGCAGCUGCUCUCUGCUCCCUCCUGCUAUCUAAUGGUCCUGGGAGCCGGAAUAUGAAGUCAUUCCAUCUCCGGGAUCAUUAGAGAGCGCGAGGGAGCAGAGAGUAGCUGCAGGCAGAGUACUGCUCCUUCGCACACAAGAGGAGAGCAGCCCCACUGGACCACUGGCUGAGUGGGUUUCAAUUACAACAAAAAUGCGCGUGUCUGAGCCUGUCAAGAGAGUGUGUCUGUCAGUGUGUGUGCAUGCAAGCCUGUUGUCAGCGUAAGAGUCAGGGGCGUUUUGGCCGCGAAGCAAACAAAGCAUUUGCCUUGGGCGGCAUUUUCCAAGGGGCGGCAAAAAAAGCCGCCCCCCAAAUGCCCAGGGCAAAUGCCUUCUUAGCCUUGCAGCUAACAGACAUGCUGGGCGGCCGGCCGGCGCUGGCGAGGGAGCUCUUCCUCUGAGCGGUCUGCUCAGCUCCCUCGUGCGCCGCAGGGUGAGGCUGGGAGCCUGGUUGAUGAUGUCAUAUUCCGGCUCCCAGCCACACUCUGAGGCUGCUGGGCGGGUGGGCAGCUGGCGAGGGAGCACUUCCUCUGAGCGGUCUGCUCAGCUCCCUCGCCAGCUGCCCACCCGCCCAGGGGAGAGGGAACCCCCCCCAGCAUUCCCAAAGGUAAGGAGGCUGGAGGGGAGGGGGUUUAAAAAUAAAUAAAUGUGUGAGUGUGUGUGUCAGUGUGUGUGUGUCUGUCAGUCAGUGUAUCUGUGAGUGAGUUUGUGUUUCUGUUAGCUAGUGAAUGCGUAUCUGUCAGUGAGUGUGUGUAUUUAGAAGGCGGGGGGAAGGGAUGGGUGGGGGGGCGCCUGAGUUUUCUCCUGCCUAGGGCAGCACAAAACCAGGAUACACCACUGGUAAGUGUGUGUGAGCCUGUCAGAGAGAGGGUGCGUGUGUGAGCCUGUUGUCGGCGUAAGAGUGUGUGUGUGUGUGUGAGAGAAUGCGAGUCUGUCAGAGAGAGGGUGAGUGUGUGAGAGAUCCUGUCAAGAGAGUGUGUGUGUGAGAUCCUGUCAAGAGAGUGUGUGUGUGAGAUCCUGUCAAGAGUGUGUGUGAGAUCCUGUCAAGAGUGUGUGUGAGAUCCUGUCAAGAGUGUGUGUGAGAUCCUGUCAAGAGUGUGUGUGAGAUCCUGUCAAGUGUGUGUGUGUGUGAGAUCCUGUCAAGAGUGUGUGUGAGAGAUCCUGUCAAGAGAGUGUGUGUGUGUGUGAUCCUGUCAAGAGUGUGUGUGUGUGUGAUCCUGUCAAGAGUGUGUGUGUGUGAGAGAGAGAUCCUGUCAAGAGUGUGUGUGAGAGAGAUCCUGUCAGAGAGUGUGUGUGAGAGAGAUCCUGUCAAGAGUGUGUGUGUGUGUGAGAGAGAUCCUGUCAAGAGAGUGUGUGUGAGAGAGAUCCUGUCAAGAGAGUGUGUGUGAGAGAGAUCCUGUCAAGAGAGUGUGUGUGAGAGAGAUCCUGUCAAGAGAGUGUGUGUGAGAGAGAUCCUGUCAAGAGAGUGUGUGAGAGAGAGAUACUGUCAAGAGUGUGUGUGUGUGUGUGAGAGAGAUACUGUCAAGAGUGUGUGUGUGUGUGAGAGAUACUGUCAAGAGUGUGUGUGAGGAGGAUCCUGGCCAAGAGAGUGUGCGUGUGGGAGAUCCUGCUGUAAGAGAGUGUGUGUGAGAGAGAUCCCGUCAAGAGAGUGUGUGUGUGUGGAGAUCCUGUCAAGAGAGAGUGUGUGAGGAGAUCCUGUCAAGAGAGUGUGUGAGAGAUCCUGGGCCGGGCAGUGUGAGAGAUCCUGUCAAGAGAGUGUGUGUGUGAGAGAUCCUGUCAAGAGAGUGUGUGUGUGAGAGAGAUCCUGUCAAGAGUGUGUGUGUGAGAGAUCCUGUCAAGAGAGUGUGUGUGUGAGAGAUCCUGUCAAGAGUGUGUGUGUGUGAGAGAUCCUGUCAAGAGAGUGUGUGUGAGAGAGAGAUCCUGUCAAGAGUGUGUGUGAGAGAGAGAUCCUGUCAAGAGUGUGUGUGAGAGAGAGAUCCUGUCAAGAGUGUGUGUGAGAGAGAGAUCCUGUCAAGAGUGUGUGUGUGUGAGAGAGAGAUCCUGUCAAGAGUGUGUGUGUGUGUGUGAGAGAGAGAUCCUGUCAAGAGUGUGUGUGUGUGCGAGCGUUUAGGUAUCUGCCCUCUCCGAUUGCAUGUGGAAGGUGUUUUUAUUCAUCCUUUUUUUUUCCCAUUUUCUCACGCUGUGCCAGUUUUGCCAUGGCUGGUACCAUCAAUCGUUUUGCCUUGCAAUUAUUUUUGAUGGCUAGACCAUAGAGUAUUUAAAAGUAGAUGCAAGGAGCAAGAAUGUGAACUGCUCUUUAGAUCAUUUGUAUCUUGAGUGUGUCAAAACCAUAAUUUUUCACGAAUAUUGGAAAAGUGGAAGCUGUGUUUGUUCUUUGCUGUUUUGUUUUCUAUAUUGCGUAUUUAAUUAACUUUAAUAGCACUUACUGGGGUGCAGAAAUGAGGAAUUGUCACUGUCAGCCAGAAAAGUGAUAUUUCCUCUUCAAGCCAGGUAGGUUAUUUUUUUUUUUUAAUAUAAAAUAUAUAUCUUUGUGAAAUUGUCCAAAUGCAUUUCAUAAUGUCACUUUUAUACAGAAGCUUUGACUUUUGGAAGUUUAGGAUAGAUUUCAAGCACUAAUUCUUAAAGCAUUUUUCUUGAUCAUGCAUUGACUGUAAUGUUCUGCCAAUACACAGGAAGAGGUACGGCAAACGGUGACCCCUGCAGAACCAGUCCAGUACUACUUUACUCUAGCACAACAACCAACAGUGCAAGUUCAAGGACAGGCAGCUGGACAACAGACCACAUCCUCUACCACCACACUUCAACCUGGUCAGAUCAUAAUUGCACAGCCACAGCAAGGACAGGUCAGCAAGACAUUUUUUUUUAAUAUUUUCUAUUCUUUUCUGUUCAAGCUCUUUUUGGAUUUUGGUCUUCAUUUAAAGAGAUAUGCGUUGAUUUUAAAUUAUAACCCAGAAAUUAACUUGGAAGUGCUGUUUCCAAAGUAUGUGUGAUAUAUGUAGAAAGCUGUUAUUUUUCCCCAGAGAUUUGAAAUGCCUAAAAUAGCAGUGCAACGAUUUAUUGGCUGCUAAUCAUCAUUCCUAAUACAAUUUCUGCACAUUUGACUUAUAGGCUUCAUUUAGAUUGUUUAUUUUUCUUGUCUUCUUAUUCUGUUUUUUCCACUAUUCAUAUUUUAUUGUUUGGCAUAUUUUGUGCCCUCCCAGUUGCCUUAGCCAUCCUUUCCACAUAGAAUUUUUUAUAUCCUCUCCUGCCUCUUUGUGUCAGUCCUUAUCUUUUGUCUUUCAUAUUUCUAGUUUCUCUCUAGUAUUAUUUUUGCUGAUGUCAGUCUUCAUUUAUGAGCCUUUGCAUAAAUCUAAACUAUUUUUCUAGCAUGAUAUCCGCAUCUAAGACCAAUUUAGAAUGUUGGGGGGUUAAGUGCAUAUACUAACUAAAUUGUGACAUGUUUUUGAAAACCAUUAUCAAUUUAUGAAAAUCUAGCUUUAUUUUACAUGAGCAGUGACAGAUUUACUUAAAUGCCAGUUUUUCAAGUGCACCCUUCACUUCUGGAUCAAGAUGGGGCAUAUCUCUUGAUUUUGACUGUCCUUUUAUCUGGUUGGUCCUUUAGCAGGCAGUCCUCCAGAGCUGUCAGCUCUCUUUAGCUUUAACAAGUACCAGCAGUAUUAUUUAUGAUGUGGAUUUUUUUCACUAUUCUUUUUAUAUACUAUCAAAAGUCUUGUGGAAACAAUCAGUGUUAUCACAGCCUCCCAAUAUCAGUGGUAUCUCAGCCACCUCUCAAUCCUCCUCUGAGCAAUGCAGUGGAAUAUGAGCCAGUCAGAGGAAGGUUUAGGAAUUUCACAUCUUGUUCUUUUGUCCUUUUCAGGAUAAAGAUCUGAGAAAUAUAUCAAUUUUGUGAUUGUAAUGUACAUAAAACAGAAGUAAUCAUAUAAAUAGCAACAAAUGUUUGUCUGUUCUUGAAUCUUAAACAUUAGAAAUAUGUAGAUCUGGUGUAUGGUAUGUGCAUGCAUGGCUUUAAAACUUGAGUCCACACUAGCAGCCUAUUUUCAUAUAUAUCAUAAUAUUAUAGCUGGUUUCUGCCUAAGUAUGUCCAAGCAUCUACGCUUUAUUAUACGCUUUACCAAAUUUUAUCGAAUUAGAAUAUUUCUCCACCUACAGCUUUUAUUUUUUAUUUUAUUUUAUUUUGUCAAAAUUUGCUUUUACAACCCAAGGUUGACCAGCUCCAGUGAAUUGAAUAACCAUACCUGCUUUCUGUUUUAAACAGUUUUGUUCAUGUAUUUGCAUUAAUGAAACGGUUGCCACGAGCUGAACUGCAUCUCUGAUACCUGAUGACAAAGGUUUAGGUUAAGAUCAACUCUUUUUGAAAUGCUCAUAAAGACUGUGUUCAAAUUUUAUUGAUAUAUAUAUGACUGCUUUGGAAUUAUGGUAAAUCGCCAUUAAAAGGUGAAGCUCCUGUUGUGGGAAUAAGUCUUUGUCUUGCUCAUCACUAAUAGCAGCGUAAGUGUUACUUGCCUUCACUGCACCACUGGGCCACCACCCCCUAAGUGGCUCUUUUUUGGUUUGCAUGCCACACAUGUCAUUUACCAGCUACAGUUGUGAAAAGGGGAUUUUUAAUUACUAAUAAAAUAAUUUCACUAAAAGGGACUCUUGUGGUUUAAAUUCAGCAGGCAGCAAUGUUUCUCUCAAGUAUGAAGACCGGAAAUGAACACAGCAGAAAUACAAGCUCGGAGGGCAGUACUUGUCCACACAAAUUACACAAAUGUAUGGCAGAAUACUACUCCUGAUUUAAUGGGAGAAGACACAGAUCUUAUAUCCAAUUCUGUACAUAUCCAAAAAGGGGUUGUCUUCACACAAUACAAUAGAUUUAGCAUACAUAUAGUCAUGUCCAUUGAAAUGCAUCUUAAAAGAACUUGACACACUUUCCAACAGUCAUAAAGAAGAUAUGUUAAAAGUAUAUAGGAAUCUGGGGGGGAACAAAACAAAGAUACAAAGCAGGAUCAAAGGCCAGCUGUUAUAAUAGAGCAUCCUGAUAUUACUCAAUCAAUUGUGUGGUGUAACACAGGAUAUAAAAGGGAAAAGGUGGUCAUUAACCCAUAUCAAGGACACUAUAGGCACUCAGACCACUUUAUCGCAUUGAAGUGUUCUGGCUGCAUUGUCCUUAUUCCCUUAACCCUGCAAUGUAAAAACAUUGCUGGUUUAGAGAACCUGCAAUAUUUACAGUGAUUGCACUAUUAAGACGGUCUCUAGUGGCCGGUCAUUAGAGGCGCUUCCUGUAGUUUCACAGUUUGACAUCUUCACGCUUUACAUGAGGAUGUCCAGCGUAUUAAAAAACCUUGUUGAAAAUAAUUGAAAAAAGGAAAUUGUGGUCCAGGAACAAAUAGUCCCUAGAGCACAGGGGGGAUAUCUCAGAUUCUAGAUUAGACUAAAUAUAUCUAUUAAAAACCAUACUUUAUUAGAAUCCAAAUAGAGGAAAAAUCAUAACGAGACAAAUGAAAUGUAACAAAUAACACUCCAAUGUAAAUAAACAGAAAAAAUUAAACCGUUAUUUACCUAGAGGGGAGCUCAAAAAGGCUUCAAAUAUCUUAAAGGACCACUAUAGGCACCCAGAACACUUCAGCUUAAUGAAGUGGUCUGGGUGCCAGGUCCAGCUAUAGGUUUAACCCUUUUUUCUAUAAACAUAAUGGUUUCAGAGAAACUGCUAUGUUUACAUAUGGGUUAAUCCAGCCUCUAGUGGCUCUCUCAUUGACAGCUGCUAGAGGCGCUUCCGUGCUUCUCACUGUGAUUUUCACAGUGAGAAGAGGCCAGCAUCCAUAGGAAAGCAUUGAGAAUACUUUCCUAUGGACUGGCUGAAUGCGCGAGCGGCUUCUGCUCAUGGCGUCGCUAUGGAGGAGGAAAGUCCCCCGCCCGGCGCUGGAGAAAGAGAUAAGUUUAACCCCUUCCUCCCCCUAGAGCCUGGCAGGAGGGGGACCCUGAGGGUGGGGGCACCCUCAGGGCACUAACUAUAGUGCCAGGAAAACGAGUGUUUUCCUGGCACUAUAGUGGUCCUUUAAUGAUAGUCUAGGCUGCAUAGGAUAAGAGGUAGGGGAACUAAAUAGUAAUGGUGGAUUCGUGAUAGACAGCAAAUCCCCUUAUACUACUGUAUCAAACAGUCAACUAGAUACUAUCUUGUGGGAAAAAAGCUGUAGUCCCAGACAAAUGUAUCAGUAUGUCGAUAAGAUACUUAGCAAAGUAACCCCCCUCUAAAUAUAGGAACAGACUAAUUGUGCAAGACAGGAGGCUGUAGUGUAAAGCCUCUUUUGCUGGUCAAUCACAGAGCAUUAGGACUAGAAUGCUAUUCCCCUUAGAACCCAGUCUAGGGGCUACAUAUAUCAGCAGACUGAAUCUAAUCCCUAAACUGUCAUAUAUCUAGUAGUACUAGCACUAUCACUUGACUAAAUGACUUAAGGAAGGUCCUGCUGCCGUCCCUACUCAUUGUCAAUCAAGCUUAAUAGAUGUAUCGCUGACUGUCCCUAUUAAAUUAUUACAAUGCUAGCCUUAUAAAAAAGUAAACUAUCAUCCAUAAAGUGCUCAAAUCAAAACAAAAUGAAAAACCAUAACGCCUAACGCGUUUCGGCGCUACUAAAGCGCCCUUUAUCAAAGGCAGUAACCCGACUCUUACCUGGUGCUGUCUUUUAUAUGAACCGAGGAGUUGGCUUGUUCCAAUCCUUGCCAGUGGGCGGAUUGUCCUUCACUACCUCUUCGUAUUAGCAGAUAUAUGAAGUUUCACUGAGACUCCUGAUAGGCCAGAGCCUGUUUGGCUCUAGCAGCCUUGAGUGCCGUGGAAAGACACCUUGAGUGCCGUGCAUGGCACUAGUGCCGUAGGUUUCCUACCCCUGGCCUAGACUAUCAUUAAGAUAUUUGAAGCAUUUUUGAGCUCCCAUCUAGGUAAUCACGUUUUCAUUUUGUUCUGUUUAUUUACAUUGGAGUGUUUUUUACAUUUAAUUUGUCUCGUCAUGAUUUUUCCUCUAUUUGGAUUCUAAUAAAGUAUGGUUUUUAAUAGAUAUAUUUAGUCUAAUCUAGACUCUGAGAUAUCCCCCCCCUGUGCUCUAGGGACUAUUUGUUCCUGGACCACAUUUUCCUUUUUUCUUUUCUUAUGAAUAUCUAGGGUCAUUCCCUUUGGAUAUCUCCAGGACACCCAUGCAUUCACCCUUAUUCUGGGAGUUCUGUGUUUCUGUUGUUUUUUUCUCUGUUGAAAAUAAUUGAGUCAAUCUUUUCCGUGGGGAAGGCCUAAUGCACAUGCAGAAUGCUCGUUGGGUUCCCCUAUCUGCUGAGGGUUUUUUUGUUUUUGUUUUGUUUUUGUUUUUUUGUUUUUUAUAUUUUCCUUGGCACUGCAAUAGUUACCAGCUUCCAUGAAUGGUAUACUCUGUAAGUAAAAUAUAUAGAUCUGAUAUUCAUUAUGCUCACAAAAGAAUUCAUCCCUAUUUGUAACUGUUCAUGCUAUGAAUUUAUAACGAAAUGUCUUUUCUGGUUUAUUUUAAAAUUAAUUCAUAUGGUUGCCAUUUUAGAGUACACCUGUCACAAUGCAAGUUGGAGAAGGUCAGCAAGUGCAGAUUGUACAAGCACAACCUCAAGGACAAAGCCAGCAAGGGCAAGGUGCAGCAGGACAGACCAUGCAGGUCAUGCAGCAAAUCAUCACCAACACAGGAGAGAUCCAGCAGAUCCCGGUAGGUUCUGCCAGAUGUCUAAUUUUUAGGGGCAACAUCCAGCCAAACUAUAUUAAGCAUCGCUUUUUAAUAAUUUGCACAUUAAGUUGUAGUUCUUACCAUUUUUUUAUUUUUUUUUAUUUUUUUUACUGGAAUAAGACAACUUCUCUCUAGUGCUAGUUUGCAGAGCUUUAUUGCAACCUAAAAGUAAGAUCUUUCAUGUUCUUUAAACCUUCAUCAUGUUUAGAUGGUUUAGCAGAUUCAUUUGCAAAUACUGAACAUCAUCAAUCUGUACAGCAGUCUAAAAAGGAUCACUAUAGGGUCAGGAACACAAACAUGUAUUCCUGACCCUAUAGGGUUAAAACCACCAUCCAGCCACUCUGGUUUCCUCAUGCCUCCCUAAAUAUAGUAAAAUCUUCUAUUCAAGGCCUGGAGCUGCUUACUUUGUCACUGUUUCCUUUUGACCUGCCCACAGCCUGCUGACAUCAUCAGAAUUGGUAGCCUGAUCCAAUCACAAUGCUUCCCCAUAGGAUUGGCUGAGACUGACACAGAGGCAGAUCAGGGGCAGAGCCAGCAUGAUUCAAACACAGCCCUGGCCAAUCAGCAUCUCCUCAUAGAGAUGAAUUGAAUCAAUGAAUUGAAUCUCAUCUUUCCUAUGCUUUUUUGAAAGUUACCAAAAAAAAAAAAAUGAAACCAGUAAUUGAGCUAGUGUCUUCAUGAAAAAUGUAUUGAUUGAAAACUUACAAAAUGCUAUUAAAAUCUCAAUAUUGUUUGUAUUUUUUUUACUCUAUAUCAUACAGCCCUACUUUUUUUUUUUUAUGUUCACACAGAACACAGAAAAAAACUUUUACAGUUUUUUCCACUUAUUUUUCAGAUUUCUGCAUUCAAAUAGUCCUCUUGCUAUAGCCUGGGGUUUUUUUGUUUUUUUUUAAUUCCAAUAACUUAUUGAUCUAUAAAUUACAACAUCCCUUUAUGUUUCACUUUUACAGCAUAGUUAAAUGGAUAUUAAAUUAUGUAGCAUAGAACACGAGUAAAAGCUUUAUCAACUAAAAUGGUUAAUAUAUUUAAUCUAAUAAUUCCAGACUCCAUGUUUGUGAUUGAUGUCCUCACAUUACUCUUUAAAUGACUUUACUGUGCUUUAAGGUGCAACUCAACACAGGACAGUUGCAGUACAUACGUCUUGCUCAACCAGUUUCUGGAACACAAGUUGUGCAAGGACAGAUCCAGACCCUGACAGCCAACGCACAGCAGGUAUUCCUUCUCAUGCGUCUCUAUCAAUAGAAAUUCAUACAGUUUUUUUCUAACUCUAGCUAUGUAGCUCUGUAGGUAUGUUUAAAGUGGUGUACUCUUUGAAAGAAACUCCCCUGUAUAAGCAGCUUAAACUUUUAUUUAAAGUACAUUGUUUUAUUACACCACUUUAGUGCUCUUAAACAUAGAAUGUGACGGUAGAUAAAAAUAGUUUGGCCCAAUUUUCUAAAUACUUUCAUUAGUCCUUGCCCGUUGUCUUAAGUCUAGGAUAGACUUAAAAUUAGAAAAUGUACUGUGUAUGUGUAUAUCCAGUUAACAAAAAAACACAUGCUAGUCUGAAACGUUCACAUUACAAAUGCCAGUAUUUCAGUCUUAUUCACUAAUAUAGAGGUAUUUCAUUCUUUUUUUCAUUUUAUUUUAUGUACUGCCACGUGGGUGCUAUUUAAUUUGGCUACAAUAUACAAAUGCACCCAACCAGUAAUGUAUAAACUAUCUUUAUAUGAGCUGAUUUUAAUCCAGUGCCAUUUAUUUAAGAAGGUAUUGCAGCAUAAAGUGGUACCCUUUUACUUCACUAGUUAUGCAUGUAGAGAUGUAUAUUCGUAGAGAAACCUCCUUAUUUUAAGCUCAAUGCUAUACAUGUGUAACUUUGUAAGUGUUACUGUGUUCAAAUGCAUUUACAUAUUACAUGGUUCUAUAUAUAAAACAUUUAAAUAUUAUUUAGACUUCAGUGCUGCUUCUUUGAAAGUACUUCUGAGUCUUUGUUUUAUGCACAGCAAAUUAAUUGUAUAUGUGUAUCUUUUUUGAAUUUAGUAGGCAAAUGUUGCUGUUAUUUAUAUAUAUAUUUAUUUAUUUUUUAUCCUUUUUGAGUAAAUUCUGCCUUGUGGAUGCCCUUUUAUGUACAUAUUAUAUUGUUUUCUGUGCUUGGCAUAAAUAUGAAAAGCUUACAAAGAAAAUUCCCAUGAAAGUGGAAUAUUUUUAUUUUGUUAGUCUGAGACUAUAAAAGCACAUGUAUUUAAGUACAUUAUGUUCACAAACACAUAUCAAAAUUUGAGUGCUUCUAAUCUUUUCUUUCAGAUUGCACAGGCCGAAGUCCAGCAAGGGCAGCAGCAGUUCAGCCAGUUCACUGAUGGACAGGUAAAUGCAAAUGGUGAUGAUAAUUUUAGCUUCUGUGUGAAUUCUGUGUGAAUCCUAUGUUAUUGAAAAUAUCUGUUUUAUUUAUAGCAAUUAUACCAGAUCCAACAAGUCACCAUGCCAGCAGGGCAAGACCUCUCUCAGCCAUUAUUCAUUCAGUCUACUGGUCAGACAACUGAUGGACAGGCUACACAGGUCACUGGAGACUGACCUGAAAAGCAUAUCAAGGGGACAAUGGGAAAUAGAGCACAGACACACAUACUGCAUAUGCACACCUGUGCCAACAUAGCACACAAAGGUAUGCUACUUGCUCCAUUGGCACAGAGUGGGUUAAAGGGAAGAGAGUUUGCCGUUCAAGACUGGCUUCAAUCAUUCUGAACUGUAAUCAAACCAUUUCGAUAUACCUGAAAAUGCAAGUCGUGAUGAGAAAGAUACUCAGAAGAAUUUGUGAACAUAAACAUCACAGAAGUCGUGGUUAUUCCCUGUCGAAAAUAUCCCAUAUUGUACUUCUGAUGCCAUACACAUGACAUCUCACUUUUUGUUCUCUUUGUCUCAUUACACAACCCCCAACAAAUCCCUGGAAAUGCAUUUGGAAGGCCAUAAAACCCAGCAUAAAAGAUGGCAAUUUUCAAGUGAUUAUAUCUAUAACCUUUUUUUUGGUCAACAUGGACAGCAGGUGGCUUCUGUAAAUUCAGGUAGACCGAUGUUUCAAGUAGAAAUCCAACUUAACAGUGGGAUUUCAGAAGGUAUUCAGUUCAUAAGGGCUUAAGUGUUAACUCACAUUUUACCAUCUUUACAAGGUCCACAAACAAAGUGGAAUUUCUGUUGUUCUUCUCCCCCCUGUAAUUCCAUACACCAGCUACAAUCCCUGUGCCCUUUAUUGUCAGGAUGACAAUUGAACCCAUUUGACUGCCAAGGUGUAAAUUGUCUUAUUUUCCAUUUGGCUGGCAUGAGAACAUGGGAAAAUUGUAUUGGUCUUUCUUUUUUUAUAUAUAUUUUGUUACUAUUUUGAUUUUAAGUAUUGGCGCUAGUCUGCGUUGAAUGCACGUAUCAAAACACUGCACAGACUGCAAUAAACUUACUUUUUAGAUAUAUUUUCAGUUUUCUGCUUGCUUAUAUACAAAUAUAUGAAUGUUGCAUAAUCAGCACAGAUAAGUUUUGCAAUAAGGUGUUUAGUAAUCCAUAUGAAGAAAAACAAAUAGUAUAUCUAAUAGUAGUGAUUAGCUCAAAAACACCUGUGAGGUAUCACCUACACCUUUAACCCUUUAAGGACACGUGACAUAUGUGACAGGUUAUGAUUCCAUUUUAUUCCAGAAGUUUGGUCCUUAAGGGGUUAAGCAUAUAAUACACAAACACAGUAGGGUGAGCAGAUAAUUUGCUUCCCCCUCUUAGUACAAGCAGCAAUGCUGAAAAGAUAGAGGUGUAUAUAAUAGUGCAGAUUGUCUUUUAAAACAUACACAUAUGUGGAUUUUAUAAAACACACUCAAAAGAGUAGAGCCAUAUACUAGACCUGGCUCUGGUGUGGAUAUCCUUAGGAUCUUUUCUAGGUGAUCCAAAUCCCACAGCAGAUAGUCUGGAGAUGAUCCAAUGUUUUCCCAGAAAUAAUAGGUAGCAGGAAUCGGAUAGAGUAAAUAAAUGUAUUUCAAUAAAAUGAUAGAUAAAAAUAAACAGAAAAUUAAGCUAUUAAAAGUGUCCAAUAAUUCUCCAAAACGCGUUUUGGAGGAUGUGGCUUCUUCAGUUGGUGAAAGUAAUAUUACUAUGCCCUGUAUUUCCUUAUAUACAUCUUUUGAAUAGUUUUCACAGUCUUUUUUUCAUCCAGAGGAACGCACCCUGCGUUCCACCUGUCUGUCGGUUUAUUCUUCCUGCUCCUCCACGUCAUAUCCGGUCUCGUGAGUGGAGUCGACAUCUUUGGAACGCACCUUGCGUUCCAUCUCUUUAUGUGGAUCGGCUGCAAUUGCGGAUGUGGAGGAAAUCUCAAGUGGAACGCACCAUGCGUUCCACCUUCGUUUUUACUUUACAACUUUGUGUAUUCACACUAAAUUAUACAUGAAACUAAUAAAACAAUAUCAAUAUAAUAAUGCCCUAAAUAACUUAAAACAGAAAAGCAAAUGUUAGAGAUUUCAAAUGACAUAGUUAACUUCUGUUAUAAUCCAUCAACAGUAUAGAGGGGAAUAUUUAAAGUUACAGUGUACACUCAAUAUAAAUCUCUAAAAAAUACAUGUUUAUAGACAAAUGGAAUAUAGUGUUACCGCUAAGUGCAAGGGGGGAGGGGGGGGGGACUGUGGAUUUAUAAAAUUGGUUUUAAAAUUAUGGUAUAAAGGUACCCUAUAAUCUUAAAAACAUAAAAAGUAUAUAAUAAUACUAUUCUCUUGCUAAAAGACUGUAUGAAAUAUUUACAUCAACGUGUACAGUUUACGAUAAAUGACAUAAUUCGAAAUCCUGAUUGAGACCAUGUGGGAUAAGUGUUUUAAAAUUAUAAAUACAUUUAAUCUCUUCUUUUCCUAUUAAAAUCCCAUCCUCCCCAAAUCUUUCUGAACUAAUUGAAUAGCGCAGAAAAAAAAAUUUCUUGGGUUAUUAUUGUGGUAGAUCUUAAAAUGACUUCAAACACUGUGUUUCUAUGCCCUUUUUUAUAUUUUGCACAUCUUAUGGUUCUUCCUACAUAAAUGAGGUUAGAGACAUUUUUAAUUUGUAAAUUAUAUUUUUAGAAAAACAGGUGAGCUGGAAAGCGCUGUGGAAUUUGAUGGCACUAUAUAAAUAACAUAAUAAUAAUAAUAAAUUAUCUUUCUUCUUGAUAAUAAAAAGUGAUGUGGUCUAGUAUAUGGCUCUACUCUUGUGAGUGUGUUUUAUAUCCACAUCCAUGUGUAUGUUUGUUUUAAAAGACAAUUUGCACUAUUAUAUACCCCUCUAUCUUUUCAGGAUUGCUGGUUGUACUAAGAAGAGAGGGGAGUAUAUAAUCUGCUCCACCUACUGUGAUUGUGUAUUAUAUGUUUAGUAAUUCAUAGUAGGUCUUUUUUAAGCUAAAGUGUACACGUUUUAACUGAAAACAUACUAAUCUUCAGAUUUGUUUGUUUACCAGUAGGCAAUGGUGCAUCUUAAAGGAUCACUAUAGGGUCAGGAACACAAACAUGUAUUCCUGACCCUAUAGUGAAAACCCACCAUUUGGGUGGCUUAGCCCCCCAGUGACAUCAAAAUUGCCGAUUUUUAGCCAAUCCAAUUUUUAGCCAAAGCAUUGGAUUGGCUAAAAUCGGCAAGGGGGCAGGGCCAAACGUUGUUUUGACCAAUCAGCACCAACUCAAAGAUGCAUUGAAUCAAUGCAUUUCUAUGAGGAAAAUUCAGGUCGCUGAACGACAGGGCUGCUUACUGUGCAGCCCUGAGCCAUGAAGCCCCUCCAGUGGCCAUCUAAGGAGUGGUCACUUGGAGGUGUCCCUAGGGGAAAUAUUAACACUGCCUUUUCUCUGAAAAGGCAGUGUUUACAUGUAAAUGCCUGAAGGGAGAUAUUCUACUCACCAGAACUACAUUAAGCUGUAGUUGUUCUGGUGACUAUAAUGUCCCUUUAAUAUUUCUAUAAGAAAUGUAGUGCAAUUGUGAGACAGUACCAAACAAAAUCCCAGAUUGUUUAUUAAAAUUUAAGACAUAGUAUGGAAUUACCUUUCUAAACAUUAAAUAGCCUUAUUGUUCAACUGGUAGUAUAAUAUGACCAGAGGGGACUGAGGUACAUGGUAGUGUCUAUAGGAUGUUGAAAAGAAUUCACACUUCAUACAAUUGCAGACAUGGGUAACAUUGGGUUCAUCACUGUUAAGGACUAGAUACAAGUUUCCAUUUGUGCUACCUAUGACGUCACAUAUGUCCUCCAACAGCAUCUUUGAUUUGUAUGCUAUUUAAUGAUGUAACAGUGGCCUAAUAUCCUGGGAGCCAGCACAAUUAUUGUUUGCACACUAUAAAGGAAACUGCAAAAAUGAUAAUGUACCCAAAACAAGCCAAAUUUGCAGGCAUUGGGGUAAAAAAAAGCAGCAAGAAAUGUAAAUUAAAUAGUCUUUAUUAAAUAUGAGGAAUCAAUGACAACAUACAAAGGUGGAUGAAUUAAACCUGUGUGCGCGGAUGGUUUUGCUCCAUUGUGUAUGGGUCAAUUCGUAGUUAAGUGAAAAACACUGUAAAUAGUCAAAUCAAGAAUGAUGAUUCUUCACAUUUCUAUAGAACAUCUUCUGCAGUGCAGUGAAGCUAUAACACCAUAAGCAAUUGACAUACACAGAUAUUGUUGACAGACACAAUAUGUGGACAAGGCCAUGCUGAAAUAAGUUUACCAUCUAGGAAUCCCAUAGAAUUUAAAUCCUUAUAAGGUCCAGUGGGGGAAAUGAAUGUUUUUAAAAUCACAUUGUGUAAAAAUGCUUGUGGAUUAGAUGGUGGUUACAGGUAUAAACAAUGUGUAAUUUUGAUAGUGUUAUAAAAUCGUCUAAUCUUGUGUUGAUAGUACCAAAUAUUUUCAUCUAACGUUUUUCUAGUUUCAUUCUUCAUUGUUUAAGUCCUCUUUAGGUAUUUUAUUUCGAUUUUGGAUGAAAAUGAUGCAAUAUGUUUUAUUUUUAAUGAAAUUUCUAUAUAUGUUCAUCCUGAUCUGUAGCUUCAUUGCGUUUUCUGCCAGUAGAGUAGAAAUCCACAAGCAUUCCUCAUUUAGUAAUGUAUAACCCCACAUUAGAGGCAAUACACAAAAUUAGUAAAGAUCUUGAAAUGCUGCCUUCCAGAAGACCCCACACUUAAAUAUUUCUGUAACAACCUACCCAAUCUAAGUAAAUUUAUAUAGGUAAAGGGCACCAGACAGAAUAGCACAGGGUCUACAAAACGAAUUGCAAGGUAGCACAAUAACUUACAAGAAAAUGGGUUUGUAUUUUUGCACAUGUGUCAUGCAUACAUGAUGCCUACACAGCUUUUGAACAAGUGGACUGGAUGCUUGUGUAUCCAACCUUACAAACCAUGGAUUGGAGUGUAGCAUUGUGUGUGGGUCCAGACCCUCUACACUUACCCUAUUUCUAGGAGAUAGGGAUAAUUAAACCAUUAAGUUUUUUGGGGUUUUUUUUAAAACAAAUGUGAGAAACAUAAGAUUUCAUCCUAUGCUGGCGAUUUACUCUUUUACAGUGAGCAACCAAUUAUCUCACUAGCAAAUAUUAUUGCGGAAUUCUAAUGGUACGUGGAAGCGAGAAGCCUAAAAUUAACGUUGGAUAAAUAAUAGGUGCUAAGCAUCACUGUUCUUUCCUAGGUGGUGUACCAUUUGCAAACUCUGUUUCCAUUCGACUGGUGGAUGGAUCUUUAGUAUCUCAAAAUUAAGACCCUCUCAGACACUGCUAAACUAUACCAGUGUUUCCUUUCUAUCCUUCAUCACUUGCCUCACUUAAAUAGGGUAAAACCUCACCUUGGGAAAGCAUUAGAUUGGCUUAGAUUGUCAAUUAUGAUGAUCUCAGCCAAGGAGGAGCAGAGCCAAACGCAGCUCUGACCAAUCAGCAUCUCCUCGAAUCAAUGCAUCUCUAUGAGGAAAGUUUAGCGCCUCCAUGCAGAGCAUUGUGCAGCACUGACCCAGGAAGCACCUCUAGUGGCAGUUUGCAUGAACUGAAUUAAGGGGUUCCUAGGGAGCAACGUAAACUGCUUUUUCUCUGAAAAGACUGUUUACAUUUAAAAAAAAAAAAAACGGCUGGGAUUGACUAUACUCACCAGAACUACUACAUUAAGCUGUGGUUGUUCUGGUGACUAUAGUGUUGCUUAGGUAUAUUUCUCCAAACAGUUUAAUGGCCUUGGUCUUCUAUAAAUAUUAUCAAGCCAAACAUUUAUUCCAAUUAGUCAAAUGGCAUCGUGUUGGGACUCUGAAACAUUGGCUGAAGUUAGAAUGCUGAGAAAUGGCAGAUAGGAUCCGAGCCGGUACCUGACUGAACCUUAAGGACCUACCGAGAGAUAUUCAAAUGCACCACUUCACCAAGGUGACUUUAAAAAUGUUUUAUUACCUUAGGUGGGAUCAGUCCCUUUUUCCACCCCUUUCUGUAUCCCAUGAUCAACAAUUCAGCCUUACCACAAGGCCUUCUGAACGUUGGGACUUUGUUUCUUAGACAUAAACGACCGCAUAUUUGUGCAUACACUUAGUUCAGUUGCAGACUUAUUUCCCAUCUCUCAUUUCUUCCAGGACAGGCAACUCACGUACCUGAAAUCUUUCCUGUACCAACUGCUCCGGUAUUUUUAUUAGUCAUACAGCCCACAGCAUUUGAGGACUAUUGUAGUCGCACCAAGCCCUUACCUAGGAGCACUUACAUGUAUGUCUCACUAGGAGGAUGUCUUGUAGCUGUCUUUCACCAAACAGGACUGUGCUAAAAUGUUAGUCCUGUUCCAAGAGAUUAAUUUCAAACUAUUAACAAAUUGGUAUGAUACAACACAAGCUAAACAGAAUUAACCCCCAAACCCAGAGUAUGCAUGGAGGCAGUCAAAACACUGUUGGACAUCCUCUGGGAAUGCCCAGUGAUAAAGCCAUUUUUUGAGACAGGUCUAUGAUAGUGUGACGUCUCUGGCUGAUGAGGUGGAAUUCCAUACCGCAGAUUUACUGCUUUAUCAGACCAGGCUACUGAUAUUCAAAUAAAAUUGAGGUGGAUUUCUCCCAAAAAAUUUUUUUAAAUCUUUAAACCCCUGCUUACUGUGGCUCGGUCUCUGAUUCAUGCACUCUUAGAUGCAAUUGCAUGCGCCCCUGUAUUAAAGUCUACUAGAUUGCAUGAAAAAAAAUACACAAGGCAUCAGAGAGAAAAAGUGGCUGCCCUGAAUGACAGGACUGAAAAUAUCUAGAGAUAUAUAGGAUAUUUCAUGGUUGCUCAGGCCAUGGGUAUAUUAAACAAGAUUAUGGGGUUAUUUCUUCUUUUAUCUAAUCACCUUUCCCCUACCCCCUUUUUCCCCUUCCUACUGCCCUCUCUACCUCCUUCUUUCUCUUUAUUCCCUCUCUAGUCCACACCAUUCAUUUCUUGUCUUGGCCAGGAACCAACCACUCACAAUUACUUAAGUCGUGAGGCUGACUAGUUUCCAUGGAAUUAUUGUUUUCAAUUUAGGUUGUUUCAUGGUUGUUUUAUUUUGUUAUGGAUAUAUUAUCAAUGUACUACUCAUGAGGAUCCUACGACUUGCAAUGUAUGCCUCACUGCACCCAGUGUUUGCUAUUAAAAUAUUUUCUACCUCUGUAUUCAUUUCUAAAUGCAAAAUAAAAAUUGUCAAAACAUAAA